AUGGCGGGUAAUUUGAUGAUAAAAAACUUCUCCUUGAUCAAACAGGUUUUUAUCAAUAAUGAAUUCGUGGAUUCUGUUAGUGGAAAGACAUUUCCGACUAUAAAUCCAGUGACAGAGGAAAAGAUCUGCGAUGUGGCUGAGGGUGACAAAGUAAGUAAAAUAAUGUGCUAACAAAACUUGUAAACUCACCGCUGAAAUUUUAGAGAUAAUUUAACAGUCAAUCUUGCAGUCUUAUUGAUGCUAAAAAUAGUUGUAAGGCAAUAAUAAUUGAUAAAAAUCACAGAAAGUGCUCUUAAAAAUUCAAAAUUGAAUUAGAACGCUCAAUUUUGAGUGCAGCCUCUGGGACUGAUCUGUUGGCUUUGAAGGGCCUUAAAAGGAGGAACAUUGCCCUGUUAGGGUAAAAUUCAGACUAGCGACAUGGCCUUGAAACAGUGACAUAUGACAGCAGAAAUGGCGGCAAUUAAAAAGAAAGAUAGCCUGAAACUAACUGCGACAGCAACAGAGAAAAGAGCAAAAUACAAUAGUGCAAAAUACCAAAAGUGACAUGGCCUCCUCAAUAUGUGAAUAGCAGGUUUUAAAAUUCAGAUUAGGCACAUACGUAACACCCCUAGGGCCUCUACAACUGGAUAAGAGCUUCUUAUAUUUAUUUUAGUUGGUGUAAAUUUUAAGUUACUUACCAUGAAAGUGUUUUUCAUUGAUCACACCCCGCCGAGUAGCUACAGUCCCGGGAGACUCCGCAUAUGAAAGAGGUGGGGAUGCUUUUCAUCUCGCUUAGGGGUGUAAAUUUCGGAUUUUGGUCUCACUUAGGGUGUUCUGGGUGUUCUUUUACUUUAGUGAUAAUAUAAAGGCAAAUAUGAAUAACUAACUGAGCAUAAUUUAAAGGGUUAUUCUUAGGCUUCAAAUUAUUAUUAAUAUACUUAUCAACCACAUACAAUUGACUUUCACCUUGUUGGUCAGGAUCAAGGUGUUUUCUGCAGUUUGCAUUAAUAUUAUUAAUAAUAAUAAUAUAAUAUAGUAAUAAUAAUUAUUAUUAUUUGCACUAAUAAAAAUUAAAAGAAACUCACUUAAUUGACCAGUUUAACAUGCCACUUUACUUUGUUUGUACAAACAAUAACAUCCAUUUUUGUAUGCUGUUCCAGGCUGAUGUAGACAAGGCUGUAGAAGCAGCUGCUGCUGCUUUUAAACUGGGAAGUCCUUGGAGAACAAUGGAUGCUUCUGAAAGGGGGCGACUGCUGUAUAAACUUGCUGACCUUGUAGAGCGAGAUUUGAAUUAUUUGGCUGUAAGUGCGAUGAUUUUACAGUAAGACUACUGUAACUGGGGCCACCUGGGCAAAGUUGACCAAUCAGAUUACAGGAAAAUCAAGUAACUGAGGAUGAAAAAGGGUCGAAAGCAAACUCUGGCCUUCUUAUAAGCAAUAUUAUUGCAGAUUUCUCAGCAUAGUUAAUAUACAUUUCAUUUUGAAUGCAUGAUGUCAUAAGGCUACAAUGUGAGAUGAAUCCUUGAAAAUUUCAAAAUUUUGCUGCACUUUUGGUCAAUAUUCAAGCCUAAAUCAGAGCAACUUCAAAGUAGUUUAACAGGCCUUUGUUUGAUGGCUAGUGUUUCAUAUAGCAGUAUCUGAAUUAAUAAUAUUAUUGUAAGUUAAGAAACAACUCUAUGUACAUAGUUGUCAAUGUAUGACAAAGUGGAUCAAGAACAAAACAUGAUCAACAACGUAAAUUUAAAAACAGUGGAUUUAUAGGUAUAUAAAAUUCUUUUGACUUUUUACUUUUUAAUGGCGCCUCUCUUAGCUAUAGAUUGAAAAACUACCUUUAAGUUAGCAAAAGAAUUAGUGCAAUAUUUGUUCCAAAUAAUAUAGCACUUCAAAUGAAAUAUAAAAUUCAAUGAAAUUAAGAGAAGUGUCUUAUUUUAAGUAAGUAGCAAGCUGAAGUAAGUGCAGUGGCUUAGGUUUAUUUGAGCAUUAACUUGUAACAGUUUACUUUUUUAAACAAGUUUUGUGUUUGUUAUUUGCUAGUCUUUGGAAACACUGGACAAUGGCAAAAUUUUUCCUGAUGCUUUAGGGGAUGUCCAUGGUGUCAUGAAGUGCUUGAGAUAUUAUGCUGGGUGGGCUGAUAAGAUCACAGGACAGACCAUCUCGGCAGGUCAGUAAAAGGGAUAAAAUGGGAACUGCAGCAGGGGGGUGGUGGGGGGGGGGGACUUGCCUACAAAAAGUGACUGGGCAAAAAUUAAAAGGAAAUGUGCUUUUUAUUAUUAGAAAUUGUUAUGAACAAUUAAUUGUCUUACUCAAGUAAUUUUUUGUUUGUAGAAUUCCCCCUCACCCCUAGUUGUUGGUCUCUUUUGUCUGUUUGAGGUAACCUGAGAUCAGGACCAAUUUUAAAUUUGGUAGCUUUUGCACAUCAUUCUCUCUUAUGUGUUGCACUUUUUUUUCGCCUUGCCGUCAGGGUUAGUGCGAGAUUUGAAUUAAGAUUUUAAAGCUUAAAAAGCAUUUCAGUUUUAAUUCUUUUUGCCUACAAGUUGAUGAUUGGAAGCUAGCUCUUAAAAUAAAAGAGAAAAUUAUCUGAGAAAAUGCUUUUGAACACAAGAAAAGGAUACCUGCAGGAUUAAAUUUAACCCCGGGUUAAGCGCUAAUCGGCUUUCGAACAACUGGGCCCAGAUGUUUUAACCAAGUGAAAAAAAACUAGGAGCCUGUGAUCUCAGUAUAGCUGAUUUGAGGUAGCCAGCUGUGUGUCAUGUGAAAAACAGGGAAGGGGGAGGGGGAGAAAUGCAAAUUCUCCCCCUCCCCCUUCCCCCUCUCUGAAAGGUUGUUCCUCCUUGAAUCUACAUUUAGAACCCUCCUGGUGCAUGGGUGCAAACAAUUAGUUUGAUUUAUUGAGUCAGGGUUGUCAGAAAGUUUGAGGCGAUUUGCACCAGCAGCCGGCUGCUUUUGACAACCCUGUGAAUGUUCCAGUUUUCUUUUAACAAGAAGAUUAGUGAGAUGUAACAAAAUUGUUUGACAGGUUGUACUUGAAAGUUACCUUGAUUAUUAAUGCUAAAAGUUCCCUGUUCAACCUCUUUAAAACCCUAAUAUCAGCAUGCAUAUUUUCCAAACUCUUCUCUGAACGUUUCCUUUAAUAUGGAUAGGAGAGUUUGUUGAAUAAAAAAUCAUUAAUACCACUUUUACUAGUUGAUCUUUUUUUUUUCUCAUCCUCUGUGUUUGAUUGAGCAGUUGACUGUAAAAAGUUAAUGUUGUUCACUCUCAGGGGUUUUAAAGAGUUUAAAUAAUAAAUGUCGUUUUUUAAAUUAAUUAUAUAAUUUGCAGAUGGUCCUUUUUUUGUGUACACUCGGCAUGAACCAGUUGGUAUUGUGGGUGCUAUCCCUUGUAGAAUCAGACACUAUGUAGAAUCUAUGCAAAUGCUAUGUCACAAAGCUAUGCAAAACCUAUGUUAAUCACUCAUACAUUGCUUUAACCAGAUCCUAUGUUGUUUCUAUGCCAGGACUAUGUUUUUUGUAUCGAAAAUGCUAUGUUUUCGCUAGUCAAACGGAACCUACUUAAAAGCUAUGCAGUUUUUAAAGGUAGGAAUAAAGGAAGAAAUGACAUAGUUUCCACAUAGCCUAUACAUACAGUUUACUUAGCUUGUGGAAAGAGAUUUUAGACUUCAUAGUCAACCUCAUAGAAAAAUCAUAGAAAAUAAAUAGCCUUCACAUAGGACUGAAAUAGAGUUUACAUAGUAAAAUGGAACAGGGAAUAGUUGAUUAAAUAGCUUUUGAAUAGGGUUUGCUUAGAAUUUAGAUAGCCUAGAAAUAGAAAAAACAUAUGAAAAACAUAGCCUUUUUAAAGGUGACAUAUACUUUGCAUAGCAUUAAAAUAGGGAAAACACAGAACAAAUAGUCUUUGCAUAGGUUUGAAAUAGGAUUUUAAUAGUAUUUGAAUAGGUAAAACAUAUCACAUACACAAGCUUUAACUAGGGUUCAAACAGAAAUUACAUAGAAUUGACAUAGUCUCUUGUGUAUGUAGGUUUCGAUCUGCUUAAGCAAAUGUAGUGUUUAAAAUACGUUCGUAAAAAUCACCAAAAUAGUAAAAAUAGUAUAAAAAUAUGAAUUAGAAUACCUUUUACAUUGGUAAGAAAUAGGUUUUGAAACGAAAAAUUGAAAAACUAUGGCAAUAUAAUACCACGAACACUAAUAGUAACACAAAUGCAGUAUUUUCAUGGAGGUUUCAGAAUCGAAACCCCAAGUUUAAGUUUGCUUAUCGUGUAGACUUUUUGCUGAUGUCGUGCUCUUCAGUGCCAUACAGUUUCCUUUUCACUGCAACGAAUAAGUAUCUGCAAACAGAAAAGUGGAGAUUUUAAGGCAAAUGAACAUAAAAACAACCUGACGUUUUAGAAUUGAAACGAAGGAGUAUCAAAGCGUGAUCGACCGAUCCUUGUUCAGAUACGCGAAAAGGGGAGACAACACAGGCAAAUCGAAACUUAAUUGAGAAAAACGUCACUUACCAACGUUAGGAAUACUUUUUGUUGAACCUGGCAGGAAAAAGUCUGUAAAUUGAAGUAAAAAGAAGCGUCUUCUUGUAAAAACGCACGCUUACAGCUCGUCUUCUUUGACUUGAAAGCGCCCGCGUGGAAACAGACAAUUUUCACACCUUUUCAUUGGUUGAAAAGGCCCACGUGACGAUGAAACGCAAAAUACGCAUGUGUUGAACUCACGGGCUUCCCUGGGAACUAGUGGAAACAAAAUGGUUGACAAACAUCCACCGAGGCAGGCAGUUUUGACCAUGCAGUUAUAUUCAGGAGACGUCCACAAUCAAGACGAAGGAUCGAACCCAAUGUAAAAGAAGAAAAUGAUGCAUGGAAGUAUCAUUUCAAGUGAAGAACUCUAGGGAAAAGCUAGAAAGGAAAGUUAAGACAGGGAUGAUGGAUGUAGCGAUUCAAUGCUUAACAAAAUUAAGUCUUCUCACUAAGAAACUAUCUGCAAGCACAAAAAAAAUUAUAGUACACGAUUUUUCAGUGUUUUAGUUUAAAACACUGCUUUUUACUUUGGAAGUAUGCUUAGCCUUCUGUAAGCGCUACCAUCAACAUGCCUAGUCACUUAAAAGCUAUGUUGGAAUAUCACAUAGGAAACGCAUAGACUACAUAUAUUUUUCAUAUGAGUGACAUAGGAAAAAAUAUGUUUAUGUAAAAGCUAUGUAGCCUUUAUCUCAUGAUAAAGCUAAAUGAAAAUGUCACAUAGUGAAUACAUAGGCUGCAAAUAUGUUUCAUCACAUAGCAUAGAAUAUACAUAGCACUAUGUAAAAGCUAUUUUACUUUGAUGCAUAGUGAAUACAUAGGAUGCUAAUCAGAAGGAAAAGCAGAGCUUUCUAUUGCAUAGUAAAUACAUAGCUAUGUCAAGACUAUGAAAAGAUUUUGAAUAGUAUUUGCAUAGGUAUUCAAAAGCUAUGUGCUUUUCAAAUAGCCUAAACAUAGUUUCAACAUACAUUUUGCAUACUUUGGACUAUGUUGUUUGGUGUGUUACAUAGUUAAUACAUAGGCAGUAGUGAACAUAACAUAGCUGAAACAUAGUCCAACAUAGUAAACAAAUAGCAUGAGCAUAGGUUUUGCAUAUGUCUGGUUCUACAAGGGAUUACACCUUGGAAUUUCCCUUUGCUUAUGGUUAGCUUAAAGCUUGGUCCUGCCUUGGCUUGUGGCAAUGUUGUUGUGCUUAAACCUGCAGAGCAGACUCCAUUAACAGCUCUUUACCUUGGCUCUCUUUUGAAAGAGGUAAGUGAGGAUUAUGAAUAUGUUAAACUUUAAUCGUGAUUUUCCAAACGAAUUUUGCAGAUCUGUAUCAAUAUUAAGGAGCAUUAGCUUCCUUUGUUCCAGGUUAUUGUCAAACAAACUUCAGCAGAAGCAAAAAACAGCUUUUAGAAUGUUCAAAAAGCAACCAACAAAAUAGACCAAAGACUAGGAUGAUAUGACCAGUUUGCAUGUUUUGCUUUAGCAAACUAAAUUAAGGUGCCUAUACUUCUAUUACGUGUACUUUGCAACUAUUUUAGCAGGCCACAGGUCUUUAAAAAUACAGCAAGAUGACGCUGUGUAAGGCUUUAACUCAAACCUGCAUGGGGUGACCUGUUAGCUUAAGCACUUGAAUCCACUGGAAAUGCAGAUUUGCAAGUGUAUACUGUAAUACGAUUUACGGUUGUCUUAGCUUUUUAGUGUGGACUAUGUUAUUUAUGAACUGUAACAUGUUCUGAAUAUCUUGUUGUUUGCAGGCUGGCUUUCCACCUGGUGUGGUGAAUAUCAUCCCUGGUUAUGGUCCCACUGCAGGUGCUGCCAUUUCUGAACACAUGGACAUCAGCAAAGUCUCAUUCACUGGCUCAACAGAGGUGCACAGAAUAAUAUUCAUAUAGAUACAAUGCCAUAAUCAUCUAUACGUUUCCCUCUCCAUUAAGCCUGACUCUCUCUUUGAUAAAAUUUUGUCAAAAUGUAUUUAGCAUGACCCCCACCAACGGCUGAACUGUUUGAACUGCCCUUGUAAAAAGAAGAUAUUUUAUUUUCAUUUUUCUUGAUAUUAAUAAUCCUUUCUCCUUAGGGAGCAAAAGGAAUAAUGAAAUAGAGUUAAGGUGACAAUAAAUUCCAACUGGUCCACUAUAGGCAAACAAAGUUGGCUAAUUUUGAGAGUGGCUAUAAGAAAUUCAGCUAUAAGGGUGAGGGUGGGGCUUGACCUUGUGGCCACUUAAUUGCAAGCAUAACUGACUAGCCAUGCAGCCAUUCUACCUCCUGAACUGCUUGGUCACGCUGCUGCUUAAACUCCUUGGCCAUGCUGCCCCCUGAACUGCUUUGCUAAACUGCCUGCUGAACUGCCAGGCCACUGCACUGUCCUUUGAUCGGCUUGAACCUCUCCUCAGCAUCUGGUACUUCCAAAUGCAACCAAAAACCCUGUAUCUGCAGGUUGCAAAAAAUUUUUGAAGGUUCAUGGAUAAAGGCCUUAAGCAAAUCUUGAACCUGUUUCAAAUUCGGCUGUGUAUAAAAGUGGGACGGGGACCUCGGGACGCGUGUGUGGGGACUUGGGACUUGGGGACGCGAGACGAGGGACUUGAGGACAUCAAGUAUGGGACGCGGGGACGUCAAAAACAGGGACGCAGGGGACGCGGGAUGUGAAUGAUUAUGGCAAAAGUCGGAGGUAAAUGCGAUAUCUCUUUCUUUGUGAAAAUGUGUUAUUUAUGGUCAACAUUAGAUUCCAUCUUCCAAAACCACAUUGGACACCUUAUGAUGUUUACACAAAAUAUUUCUUUAUAAUAGGAGUAAGCGCACUGACUAUCGUGAUUAGGGUUAGGGUUGAUUUCCACUUUCGCGUAAUUUUUCCAUGCCUACGUGCGUAAAAUUUACGUUCGCAAAUAAAAUAGAGGCAAUGUCUGAAAGGUCGCACGUAAGCAUAAAAGUAGAAUCUCGCUCAACUUCACGUUUAAUCUCAACAAUUUAUAUCCUGCCUCUAUUUUAAUUACGUAAUUAAAAUUUACUUGCGUUAACGUGCAUAGCCAAAAACGCGUCAGUGAAAAUCAACCCUUAAAUACUGUUAGCAGGCAUUUACUGUUAGGGUUGCCAGUAAAAAUAUGUAGAACAAAAUAAAUAUUGCUACAAUAGUUUAAUCCCCCGUGGAUUAGUGGUACAGGCGAUAGAUUUCGGAGCUAGCACUUCGGGGUUCGAAGCUCGCUUAUGCCACUGAACUUUUUAUUUAUUUGGAAUCGAAUGCUGUUAUUCUACUAAAAGUUUGGCGAACGCAACCCACCCUACCCUGCUUUGGGUUCCAAUAUUCCAUCAGCAAGAAGGCAAGGACAACGGUUUCACUUUCUUCAAUGCAGGGGUCUUUGCCGAGUCUUCGCUUCGUAAACAGGCAUGGAGGAACCCUAAGGAGGGCAGGGUGGGUUGCCUUCACCAAGACAUGUUCACGAGGAAAGUGACUGAUAUCGCAUUUACCUCCGACUUUUGCAAUAAUUAUUGACAUCCCGCGUCCCCUGCGUCCCUGUUUUUGACGUCCCCGCGUCCCACACGUCCCCUCGUCCCAUACUUAAUGUGCUCAAGUCCCUCGUCUCGCGUCCCCAAGUCCCAAGUCCCAAGUCCCCACACACGCGUCCCGAUGUCCCCGUCCCCUUGUCCCCGUCCCACUUUUAUACACAGCCUUCAAAUUCUUACCUUUCCUCACAAUAUUACACCAAUCAAUGUUGUUGGAGAGUAGAGGUUUAUCAGUCAAGGCUAUUCUUCAAGGUUCUCCUCUUUAGUAUUCCAUGUUUGUGGAACUGCACACAUUUCAGGCAUCCUACUGAUCAACAUGCAGUUACGACGUUUAGAUGUUUCCAGCAAGAACAAUUUUCUGUUUGUCCUCUUUUAAUUAAUAUUUAAUUGUUCAGCUUGAUGGCUCAUUACAGUCAACUCCCUUUAUAGCGGACACUGUAGGGACCUCAAGUUAGUGUCCUCAUUAGCGAGAGUCCGUGAUAGCGGGAGUUUAUUUCAGUGAAACGUCUGUAAUUUGGUUUUUCCUGGGAUUUAGUUGCUGUCUGUUUUAUCGGGGUGUCCGUUAUAGCGAAGUGUCCGCAAGGCGAGAGGUGACUGUAUUAUUGAUCAUAGCAACUUUUUUCUCAAAUACUUCACUUGAUAGCUUCGGUCAGGCUUAUCGUGAUUUACCUUUACAAUGAUCUUUUCAAAGGUUGGACAAAUCAUUGAAACUGCAGCUGGAAAUUCCAACUUGAAGCGUGUGACCCUUGAACUUGGAGGAAAGAGUCCUAUGAUAAUAUUUGCUGACAGUGACAUGGACCUUGCUGUGCAGACUGCCCACCGUGGGCUGUUCUUCAAUCAGGGACAGUGUUGCCUUGCAGCAAGUCGUACAUUUGUUCAAGACACCAUUUAUGAUGAGUUUGUGAAGAGGAGCGUGGAAAGAGCUAAAAAGCGUACUGUUGGAGAUCCGUUUAGUGAAAACAUUGAACAGGGUCCACAGGUACAAAACUAAUACACUGAAGGGGUUUCAUCAGACAUGGACUGUAUUUCAGCUUAUACUACUAUAUGAGAAAUUCCAGCAAUUUGAUUGGCUUAGAGCAGUGGUAUUUCAGCUUUGAAGUACCUACAUGUGAAAAUUACAAACCUUUUGUGGGUAGUAGUAUAAAGACCCCUAUAAACAAAUAAUAGCGUGAUUUGUAUGUAAUAUUGGUAUAAAUACCACUUGUGAUAUUUCAAAAUUGUCUCAAAUUUCACUCGCCUAACUGCUCGUGAACUUACGUAUGACAAUUUCGAAAUAUCACUCGUGGUAUUUAUGCCAAAUAUCACUACAAAUCAUGCUAUUUCCUAUACAAAUGGCAUUGCUGAUGCACCAGCAAUUGCACGCAGACUUUGGACUAUUCACUUUAAAUGACUUAGUUCUGGAAACCAGCAGUUGCAAUUGCUUUUCCUUUAGCAGCAGACACUUAAGCUAAUUUUUCAACUAAUACCUUUUAAUAGGCCUUCUUGUGGUUAUUCCUAAAAUUUCUGUUUAACAGCUGUAUCUAGCCUGAAUUUCAUUAUACCUUGUUUCGUUUGCUUUGUAGGUGGACAAUGAACAGUUUUCAAAAGUGCUGGGUUUGAUUGAAAGUGGAAAGAAAGAAGGUGCAAAGCUGGAAUGUGGUGGUGGUCGUCAUGGAGACAAGGGAUACUUCAUACAACCGACUGUUUUCUCCGACGUCAAAGAUGACAUGAGAAUUGCCAAGGAAGAGGUACCUGCUCCCAUGCUUCUUAAAGAUGUAUAAAGUAAAACACCCAUUUUUCAUUCAUGUCUACCUCAGUGACAAAUACAAAUUUCGUCAUCAUCAUUUAACAGAGCAAAAUGGACGGCUUUGUUACCUAAGAAGCACAUACCAUUUUUCUUUAAGUUUUUGAUUUGAAUAUUUGAUUUUGGGCCCGAAAAAUUACCGGGAGUAUUGAGAAAUGAGCCUAAGUUUGCUCGAUUUCUUUUUUUUGUUUUUAAUUUUUUAAAAUUAUUUAUUUAUUUACCAAAAAUGGUAAUAAUUACAAAUACGCGUUCUUUUAACUAUUCAAAACAAUUUUCUACUUUCGCAGCGGGCUGAAAAUAAUAUAUAUAGAUAUAUAGAUAAAAAAACUAAAUUUGUAAAGGAAAGAAACUAAAUUAAAAGGAAAAAGACGCAAACCUAAUAAGUGAAACAGUACAGCAGUUAAGUGUAGCUUCAAGGAAUAAGUAUUAUGGAAAUGACACUAGCAUUCACAUAUCUAAAGAAGUUUGGCCCAUGUUUUUUUAAAUUGCGAUAAGCGAUAAGCUCGAUUUCUUGAUAACGUCAAACAUGGUCACAAUGGUAAAAAGGCGCAGUUGUUAUUGUUCUCUGCUUGUCAAUUGAAAAAUACGAGAGUUAAUGGCGUAGAGGACUCUUAGAGAUAGUGAGAGAAUUUUCGAACCGUAAAAACAGUGUCUCGUAGGUAAGUAUGAGCGAACAGCGCGUGCGACUUCAUAGGAAACUAAAUAACAUGAGUGUUUUCUAGGGGCGCAAACCGGGAGAAGUCUAUCGGCAUUGGAAUGUUUAUUCUCAUUUGCAGAGAUCAAAUAAUUGUGAAAACAUGGUGAUUCAACAAAUCUGUUAUGAAAGUUAGGGAAUACAAAUGGAAUUGACACCAUCGUUCGUAGAAUCUGCUUAUUAGCCUUAUUAGCACAGUCAUCACACAAAACCACCUGACAUGUGAUGAUUGACCCUGGUUGCUGGGUGUAGUUCCGAGAUAACCGUUAGACGCCUACUCGCUAAUAAACGCCUCUUUUCUAAUAAACUCUCCCUCUAUAUUGUUUUUUUUUUUCAUUAGAUGCCCCUUUCUAGUAAACGCCCCCUGAGAGAAUUACUCCAAGCUACUACGAAUUAGCAAAUAGGAGCAAAAUCUUUCAACUGAUUCAGUUUCUUGGCAAGUUCAAAGAAAGGUAGAUUAACGAUAGCAACACAAUGACCCUGAGCGAGGAUUCUGAUAUCGAUGUUGAGAUUUCAAAGAACGAUAUGGAUCUCUGGACGGCCUAGACCUAUCAAUUGAUGGAAUGGAUAUUCCUCUAGCUAUUUUAAACACGUUUCACUCUCUUGAUUUCUUCGCCGAAAGCAUAGUACUUUUGUUGAGCUUGUUACAGUUAUGAUAAUAAACGCAUCUCUAUUUUAAACUCCUCCUAUCGGACCCCUAAAAUUGAAUAGACGCCCCCGGAUCGAGUCUAUUUCGUCAGUUACGGUAUUUUCUCACCUUGAGAUCCACUGCUGCACUUAAAUUGAUGGCUUUGCUCUUCCUUCUAUUAGAUAUUUGGCCCAGUACAGCAGAUAAUAAAAUUCAGUGAUGUCAAUGAGGUUAUUGAGAGGGCAAAUAAGACAACUUAUUGGAUCUCUGGACGGCCUAGACCUAUCAAUUGAUGGAAUGGAUAUUCCUCUAGCUAUUUUAAACACGUUUCACUCUCUUGAUUUCUUCGCCGAAAGCAUAGUACUUUUGUUGAGCUUGUUACAGUUAUGAUAAUAAACGCAUCUCUAUUUUAAACUCCUCCUAUCGGACCCCUAAAAUUGAAUAGACGCCCCCGGAUCGAGUCUAUUUCGUCAGUUACGGUAUUUUCUCACCUUGAGAUCCACUGCUGCACUUAAAUUGAUGGCUUUGCUCUUCCUUCUAUUAGAUAUUUGGCCCAGUGCAGCAGAUAAUAAAAUUCAGUGAUGUCAAUGAGGUUAUUGAGAGGGCAAAUAAGACAACUUAUGGAUUGGCAGCAGCGGUAUUUACCAAGGACAUUGAGAAAGCAACAACCAUUUCUCACAGUUUGCAGGCUGGAACAGUAUGGUAAGUACAUUAUUAACACACCGACUUCUUGUAAGGUAUGGUUAUUCCUGCGAUUCAAACUUUGGAUAGAGGAAGGGUUCCUUAUUGGUUUUAUGAUUCAUUCAAAAUAUUUCCCCGAUUCCGAUUGGCUAAAAGCGCAUGCAUAAUUCACCAUAACCAGUUACUGAUGGGCAAAUUUGGAAGAAUUUUGCGAUUAAUGAACCGAUUACGUCAAAAGUGCAGCUUUCUUGCAGGUUAAUGCACCGUUAACCGAGAAAACCUGGGGACGAGGUUGUGUUGUUUUGGUUGUGAAAUCAAAAAGGGCGGACAUUUCACUCGUUUCAAUAGUAAGAACUAGGCGAAAUAAUAGCUAAAAACAUGGCAAGAACAGCAAGAAGACAACUCGAAGGGCGACAUCUGCUAUUUGGAGAAUAUUUGCGGAGCUGAACAACCCUAAACGCGCACCAUCGAAGAUGAACUUAACAUCGAUGGAGGUAAGCAUGUUUUAGCUAUGUUUUUAAACUUGGAAUUAUUUUGAAUGAAUAGUAAAACAAUUAUUGAAUUCGGCUUUCAUAUCAUAUGAAGAAUUAUGGAGAUCUCGGUGGGUGUUAAUCAGCCUCGGCCUCCUAUUUACGGCCUCGACGGAUAACACCCUCCUCGAUCUCAUAAGAUGCUCAGCCUCAUUCAUAAAUUGUUAUUUAUCGGGAACCCAUCACUCCGAUCUGCUACUGACAAGUACCACAGCGCUUUAUUGCAAAAUGUCUUUUCCAGUGUAUUACGAUCACAUGUUCAUUUAAAUUUGUAUUUCCGCAGUUCACAUCAUCAUCCUAUGUUUCAUUCCUUUCACGGGCUAAGAUGAACUCAACAAAUUGGCCUGCUCUCAAUGUAUGGGUCUUCAUAGCUCAAUUGGUUAGAGCACUGCAGCGCUAACGCAGACGCCAUGGGUUCGAAUCCCGUUGAAGUCCCGAAAUUUUCUGCGGGGUUAAUUUGCAAUUGUUUUAGUUUCAAUUACCUCUGCAACGAUCAUAUCUUCAUUUAAAUUUGAAAUGGUUCUACAGGCCAGUUUGGACUAAAUUUCAAAAUUCACAGCAUGCCCCCAGGUUGGGAGGAAUAAAGCAAACAAAGUACAAAAGAAACCCCUUUCGGGCUGAGCAUUCGUAUAGGCUAUUGUAGGGAGUACACUUGCCCCCCUCAGACGACCCCCAGUUUAUUAUAAUAAUUGACCAUAUGCUCAAUAUGGAAUGUUCAUUUACAGGGGCGGUGAUUUUACUUUUUUCAGUAGCGUUUGCGUUUGAAAUUUAGAACGCAGCAGCAAACUGUAACUAGUCCCUACCUUCAGUUUUCAAGUACUUACUGAUGGGAACAAUUUUAUUUCGUGCAGGGUGAACUGUUAUAUGGGCGGCUUACCUCAGUCACCUUUUGGAGGUUUUAAAAUGUCUGGGCAAGGCAGAGAAUGGUAAGUCAGUCUAGUUAAAACACACUCUUCAUUGUUUAGCAAAACAGUAAAGUUAGUUGGUCGGAAAUCUGCUUUUAGUAACUGCCAUCGUUCUACUGACCACUCGUGAUGUAGGAAGAACUUGAGCUUCCGAGAGUGUGACCAAAGAAUUUUUAUUCGAAUUUUAUACCGUAUAUGAUUUCAGCCGUUCUUUUAUACAAGUAGAUUAAAUGACUAUUACAGAUUUCAGUGUAAAAUAACUGUUCCCGAGGUAGAGUGCUUUUUUCCUGCUAAAAUGUGGUGUUCGUAGCGGUCAAACCUUUGUAAUAAUAUUACAUUCUAUUAUUUUGAUCUUGUGAAAAUUGAUGUAGGUGUUUUCCAUCAGCUUUUAGUUUAAGUUUAGUACCAUUUGUUCAACUGUAGAACGUAGUUCUUUAUAGGUUUUCACAGCCUGUACAACAUGCGUUGUUGAGGACGCUCAUGCGGGUUUUGGGGCGUGCUCGUGCCGACCCUGCGAUUAGAACCUUCUUUUGUCUCCUCUUUGUUCGAUGGAGAGCUUGUGCCAAAAUCGAGUAAUCGAAGGAAAUGUUCUUCUGGCAGGGUGGCUUAAUUGAACCUCCAAACCUGUGUAAGCCUCAAAUUCCGCUAGUUUUCGCUAUGCCAGAUUAAAGAUAUUUGAUACUGAUACCUCUAAAGUAUUGCUAGUUGACCAUCAAGAGCCCCGAAGGUGGAGGAAUGCCUCCUUGUAUGUGCUUGGGAGGGGGUUUACAAGUAACACAAAAGGUGCAAACGUCGGGGGAUGUUGCAGGUAGAAUUAAACCAUGUAUGAAGCUUAUUCGUGCUAACAUGCCUCAAGCAAGCGUGUAUAAACAACUCAGCCCCAUGCUGAGUUGUGUUUGCCUACCCUAUCUUUAAGUAUCGUUUCGCUACUUUCUUUAGGGGUGAACAAGGCCUUCUUCCCUACUUGGAAGUCAAAACAGUAAGUACUGUUAUGUUCCUAGAGUUUCAGUCAACUACACAGGGAUUGUUGGUUAUCCCAAGCCCCUAUUUCGAAGGAAGGCUAAGUGCGAAGCCAUUAAAAAAAAGAAAACAAGGUUUUGCGCUUAGCCUCGUUUUGAAAAUGAGAGUUUUAGGAAGACGGAAAGGGCCUAUUCUGCAAUCAGGGCGGAUAAACUGUCUGCAAUUGUACCCCGCUCCCCGUUCAAGAUACAACACGUGAUCAAAGCAUCGUGCAAAGUGGUGUGAAAAACACUGCCAGUUUUCGCUUUCCUAAAUGAACACAACCAUACAGAAACACGGAGCCUCGAGCUAAAAGCAACGUGUUUCGAAAAGAUCUAAUUUAAAGAUACAGCAGCUGGUAGUAGAAAAUUCAAAGCCAAAGCAAUAAAAAAUACCGUUGCUACUUUUCUAGCGUUCCUCUACGAAGUUAACCUAAAGAACUAGUGAAUUUCGCAUCGCACAGCCAGGAAAAGGUGAACUUUAACGCAGGGGGAUUUUCUGGCAGGAGCGAAUCUAACGAAAAUUUUUUCAGAAUUACAAGUGAAUUUGCUGUUAGCCAACUCACAGAAAAACACAACUGUUUAUCUCGGGACCUGAUCUGACCUGAAACGGCUCUUUCUCCUCAGUAGAACCAGGGUGUUGUCUAUACAUAACUUGCUGCUUUGUGCUCGUUUUAGCAGCUCUGUUAACUUCUUUGUCUCCUUUUUAUAGGUGACUAUGAAAGUCCCAGUAAAGAACUCAUAAGAUAAGAACGGAACAGGUCAAACUGGGUUCGAGCAAGCGAAGAAAGUUUUGAUACAAAAUGGCCUACAAUGGAUUCAAUCACUGAUUUAUUUUGAAAAUAUUUCUUAACAUAAACUUCAGCCAAAGUGACACUGAAAACGCUGUAAAGAGAGAAUAUAUUGAUGGUAGCAAAAAAUCUUGUUUUAACGAUGGUAGCCUUUUUUUGUUGUUGGUGUCCGUUGUUCCUAGUGGCUAAGCGAGUCAGAAAGCGAGGCUACCGCUACUAACCCCUACCCUUUGUCAGUUCCUGUUCUACACUACCCCAACUGACCCUUCCCAUCCCAGACGACCGAGUUUUAAUCUCCUGGUUUCAUUUGACAAUUGCCGUUUGCACGAUGACGUCAUACUGCGAAUUCUUCACGGUUUUACUUUCUUGUGCAAAUUAGAUCUUUUGUUAUUCAAACCUCACUGGGAUUAUCAAAAUAUAAAUAUGAAAGGUAAAACGAGGGCCACAAGUUUACUAGUUUCUGUAACUAUUCCGUGCUACCCUCUUUAAAUAAAGUGUAUUAUUAUUAUUAUUAUUAUAAAACGAAAAGAAAUCUGGUCGUAGUAGUAAACUGACGCCAUCCUGCAAAUGGACAAUUACACGGAUGUUGUUGCAAACCUCUGCCUUGGCCCCCCUCAUCUAAAGCAAUCAAUAGACAGGGCGUUAGACCAUAUGCACUUGACUUUUUACGCUAUAUAAGUAAUGAAUUAUUAUUAUUAUUAUUAUUAUUAUUAUUAUUAUUAUUCGAAAGGGACGGGAAAAAUCAAGUACAUCACACGCAAACAUACUCCAUUAAUUUAAGGAUCGAUAAGCGAACAAGUGACGAUUUAUAAACUAACAACCGGCUCACGAUCUCACUUCGUAUACAUGUAUAUAAUCCUCACUCAGCAGUCAGUUGUUCGUCUGCCACCAAACACAUACCAUUCUGUGACGUCUUAAGAGACGUCAAGAGUUGAGGCUAAAAUUUUCCACUGCAACUACUGGGUUCCAGUUAGAAAGGCCAUGGGAUUGAUAAAGCAGGGUAGCGAUUUUGGCGAUUGGAAUCGAUAGUGUCACUGUCUUCUCCGUAGAGACACUCCCAUUGGGUAUUCCAAUAAAAAUGGCAAUAAUCGAAAAAUAGCAAGCGAGCGGUGGAUGAUGGGAAGAGGGAAGGAGCGGGAGCCUCUCUUUCUCAGUUUCUCUCUCCCUCCUUCCAUCGUUCCCCCUUUUUUCCCCUCUUCCCAAGCUCCCUACCCCUACGACACAAAGAGGCACGCCUCCACGAAGGACAGAGAUAGUGUCAUUAGCUUGCUAACAGGAAUCUGCUUUGGGUCUUAUUAAGUGGAGAAUACUAUUGGAUCCGGUUCAGUAUCAUCCAACUAUGGAGAAGACUGGAUUAAAGCCAGAGAGCCGGGUAGAGUUUGUGAAAGGUGAGACAACGUUUCUUUACUUGCGUUCUAUAGCCAGCAACUGACUUUCAAGUCGCAUACAGAUGUAAUGCCUUCCUUGCAAUAUAUUCAUGAGAAACUAUUAGGCCUUGUUAAAUAUCGUAUUUAUUCGAUUAAGCGUUUAUUAAAUUUUUAGCAUUUUCAAUGCGGCGUUUAGUUAAGGGCGGUGUCAACACCGCAACCGGACCUCAAGGAAGAACACCAAUCAUGAGAUCACAAAAAAAUGGCAAAAUUUAUAACAAAAAAUGGCGAUUUACAAUUGGGAUUGGUGAUAUGAACACACACGCUGUAACAUUUACAAAAUCAGCUCUUUAUUACUGUCUUUCUUUUUCGGAGGAUAACGAAUGUUGUCUUGCCGUCUUGUGGUUCUAUGAAAGAGAAUAAAGAGAAGCAAAUUACAUUUUCUAUUGAGGAACAAUCGAGAAAAUACUCUACCACUAACUCUGCUGCCUAAAAUUUAAAGGAUAUCGACAUUUGUCCAGGGUUAGGGGUAGAGACUUCAGAGAUUUAUCCGCGUACGUUGUCGAACCUGAUUCUCAGUUAUGUCUAAAAGUGUUGCAAUGUCCAGUGGCGGAUCCAUGGGAGGGGCCCAGGGGGCCCGCCCCCCCUCCCCUUCUUCACCAUUCUUGCACCAAACUGAGGCCCGAAGGGUUAAAAAAAUUUUGGAGGAGACCGCCCCCGAAUUUCGAGAAGAUUAUGGUAUUAAUUCUUCAUGAAGAACUAGAAAGCAAAUUGGAAAGGGUCAGGCUCGUGUGAAGUUAGAGGUAGUGCAGCCGAACUUCAAAAACAAAUGCGUACUUUAAUUUCCUGCACAUGAAUAAACCAUACCGGAUCAGUCCAUGUAUUGUGCUAUAAGCGUGAUUAGUUUUAAUGAUUUACUGUUUUAAAAUACAGUAAAUCAUUUAAAAAUAAGGGAGAGGGCAGGGGGGACAUUAAAAGAGGGGCUUAAUAGAGGAUUUACGGUAAGUUGGUUAGUGCGUGCGUAUGAUCAAACUAUAAACUAUUAUGAAAUCCAAAAGAUUGUUACCCAGGGGCUAAUGCCGAUUUAUCUAUCACUAAGUUUUCCUUGUUUAGACUCGUGGGUAGUCAGCUCACUGUUGGUUCCGCAUUGUUGCUUAUUUUAAACAUUACCUGUGUAGUUUGCUUUCGUCCAUAGCAGAGAAUUUGAUGAGGUUAAACAUGAAGUAAGUAAUAACCCAUGAAAAGCCAAUGAACUCUAUGGAGUCCUGCCAUCCCAAAGGCCACUGCUCAACCACUGAAAACACGUGACCUGCUCGAGUAAAGAAAAGUUUAAGAACGUUCGCGCUUAACUUGUGUUUUUGUCGCUUGUCCUGAUAUUUGCCGUGACUGAUCAUAACAUAAUGAGCAGAAUAAGUAUUCCAGAAAUAUUUCGGAAGUUCACGGAUUUCUGAGUAUGAGAGUAUUCACCUCUCUAACUAAGUCGUUAUCUGUGUCAACUUUCGUUUGUCAGAAAAACUGGCAUAUUUCUCAUGUCAAAGGAAACGUUCUGGUUUUUUUUUUGCUCAAUAGAUAGAUGUCAGUCAGCAUUUUGAACUCGAAAUUUGAACCGGUUUCUAGAGUGUUUUUAUAGUGCCCUUGAUUUUCGCGUAAUCGUCCAGGAAGAUCACCAAAAUUCGAGAAGCCGCCAUCUUGAUUUCCUGGUUGGAGGUUUUGGGGGCGGAACUGAAAUAGAGUCUCCAUAGUCCUCUGCCGCCCCCAACCCCUGUCCCCACGGGUAAUCUUUACCCUUCCCAGUUUUUUUUUUUUUAGUUCUGGUAGUGGCCUCUCGAACUUGGACAGGGAGCUUGAGAUCAGUCGGCAAGGGAGACACAAACGGACCUUGGUUUGUCAGUCACAAGACCAUUUAACAGCAUCCCCGUUAAAUAAGCCACGUUGACGUCACCGAGUUAAUCUCAUCUUUAUUAGUCAUAAUAGCUUACCUCCUAUGACCUGAAAGUUUUUAAAGCAAUACACUACAGCUGAAUAUUUCUUGAGGAACUCUGCAGUCUUAACCUUAGAAAACAAAAAGGAAGUCUGGUUGGAUUUAACACUUCUUAAAUGGAAAGGAGAAACAGAUUUUUUUUUGUCUUAUGUAGCAGUGAUCUUCAGUACUAGAACAUCGCAGACGACGACUAAGCAAUUUUGAGUAUUUUUGCGUCAAACUUGAUCGGAGUUGCUCUAUCAUACCACUUUCCCCCCUUCCUCUGCAACUUUUUUUUAAAUUUCCUUCCUUUCUUUUUCCCUUUUCAUUUUUAGCCACCGUCUAGUCAAACAUGUGUUCGUGUAAGCCGCAUGGACCUAGUUACAAAUCAGCCAAGAAAAGUAGUCGUUUUUCUCUUUUUGAAAACGCCAAUAGUUGUAUACACAUUUUAAGCAGUGAGGAGAGGCGUACAGGAAUCUCAGUUUGUUGCCUACCUUGGCCUGUUUAAUAACAACAGCAAUAAAAUCACACAGCAACUGUAAAGUUCGCAGAAGAGGUCUGACUGCCGUCCAUAUCACUUCCAGGACCGCUUCGAUCACUGUUAUCGGGUUGUCAAGUGUUGGCUUGAAAUAACUGUGAAUGCUCCCCUCAAACUUAUCUUUCAGUCUCCUUAGUUGCAACGCGAUCCUCUUCGCUCUCUUGUCUACCAAAUAUUCAUAAGAGCUCACUGUUAUGUUGUUAAGGCUUUUGAAUGGCCUUGUUAUCCAGUCGAGUGUUACCGAUGUCAUCCGUUUGACUGAGUCGUAUUUGGCUGAAGUUGAGCUGCCGCACUCGAGAUAAAUCUCAAUACCAUUCUGAAAAGUAAAAACACAAGCAAUCAAACUUAUAAAAUAAUCAAUCAGAACAGGCCAUAUAAACGGUCGGGCGAAACCUCAAUGAGAUUUUUCCUAUUCGUCAGAAAAAGAUCAAUGAACAUACCCUAGGCUAAAUGUAAAUAUAGGACGCAAAACAAAUUUCAGUCUUGCAGUCAUAGUAACAUGACAUCAUCGUAAAGAUCGCUAGCCCGCGCAGGCAGCCGUGUCUUCUCGCUGCAGCAAGGAGCUGGCCAGGAGAGACAGCUGUUUUUGCUGGCUGACAUGAAAAUCGCCUACUGUGGACAAUUCGGUGUUACGACUGAUUGUGCCAAAACUUAAACAGUUUUUUCAAAAUACCAUUGCAUUGAUAAUUGGAUAAACUUUUAUCUUCUUUCCGUAAAGGCCAACCUCGUUCCAAAAGCCUAAGCCCUAGGGACGAGGUUUAAGAUGGGCUUCUAUAAAUUCAAGCGAAGCGUACAGCGACUAGAAACCAGUUAUCACUUUCUUUUAAACAGGGACAAAAGGGUAUUUAGAUUCUUUUUGUUAAUCAUGAAUUUAAUCGUUUACAUAUAGACUGCUGCUUGUAACAAGAUAAAUCUUUUCUAUCUUUUUCUAACCUCCAUGAUAGCCGUAUACAUUACCUUGCCGGUUAAUAACUUCGUACCACGCCCUUCAAAUCCGCUACAAUUCUCGAUUUUACACCUGACAUCCACUCUCAACAUAAGAUGCAGCUUCAGUGAUGAUAGGAGGAGUCUAAUAGAAUGCCGUGACCAAUCCUGGUUACCCUGUUCGUUGUAAGUCGACUUUUCACUUGGGGUAAAGGUCUCAAAACUCAUCUGUAAAGAAAUGCUUCGAGGUGAGUGUCAAACACACGCUUCACGGUUAAACCACGGAAACCCAACAGCCGUAGAUAAACCGAAGUUAGGGUUUAGGGGGACACUGUUAGAACUCUGAGAUGAGCUGCUGAACCCAAUUUAGAUAGGUACAUAAAGGGUUUAACUUUUCCAUGGAUUUUAGGGAAAGGUUGUAGCGGCAUAAACCUCCGACUUGCUAGAAACAAAAAUUCAACCCUGUCCUUUGUAGGUCGACUCAUGUCGAACCGUCUAAAGAAGCAUAGGAUAAAAAAGGCUGAAAAUAUAAUGCUUACGUGCAGGUCAAUUCUCUUUUCAGGAUCUCUAAGAAUAUCUUCGUCUAGCAUCUGAACCUGCACCUCAUUAAUGUCCGGACACUGGGCAGACUUCCGCACCUUUUGUCCUGAAACAUAGGUAUGAGAUCAGAAUUAGAUAAAUAAAAUUCUGAAAAUAAUUAUUAAUUCGUUGACUUGGAGUACUUUAGCAAGUCAGUAUUAGUCUAAAAUGACACUCUAAAGAAAGAUUUAACGAAAGUCAAGUGAUUUUGCUUUUACUGAAAACGUCUGCAUGAGCGUUGAAAUCGUGUUAGUUUCAAAUUUCGUCAGCUCCAAGUCAAACAAAAGUAAACUUACAUUCCAAAAUUUUACUUCAAGCCAUACCUUCCUUAUCAGUUGCAGACGCCAAAAAAUAGCUGAUCAAAACACAAUAAAAGCAGAACAAUGAUCUUCUCAUCUUCUUUCGUGCACUCUCCACAAGUUUUUAAGAAGUUUUCACGUUGCACAACUGCUUAUCAAACAAUCCUCACGAAUGAAAGUGACUCUCAAGGCUCGCACAUGACGCAAUAAAUAAGCAAAUAACGACUAUAGCAACAAUGGCGCGAGGUGCGAGCGCGAGCGUCUUUUACGUUACCAUCACGUUCAACAACUUCUCACCCAGGGGGUCCCAGCGCUUGACUAACUUGACUGUCUGAUCAAAUAAUAGAAAAGAAAAAAAAACUAGGAAUAGAAUGAUUUUCCCUCUGGCUAUACCAUUCUAGGAAAACAAAAUUUAACGAGUCUUAUUUCCUCUAACCUGAGAUCAGGCCCAAUUUUAGCGGUUUUCAUACAUUCUCUCUAAAGGCUACCCCUAAAAAUCGCCAACCUUCAAUAAGCACCGCAUUUGAGUCGCGAAAAUUUCUUAAAAUAUGCGCCGCGGCAAGUAUUCUAGUAAAUAAGAUCCGCUUGUCCUCCAGGUUGGGGGUUGGACACAGGACUAACAAUCCUGUUCCGUAAAAACACUCUUGUUACGGAAACGGCAACAAAGGAAAUCGACGCUCCUGGGUGUGAUGGGUUCUAGAGUCAUCGGAAGAUACUCGGAACCACACAAAAGCUGGCCCAGAACAGACAGGAAUGGUGAUCCUUUGUUGCUGCCCUACAUGCCUUGUGGCGUUCACCGGCAUGAAGCAGGAAGCUUAAAGAUAGCCUGCAUAAAAGGCGCUUUAUGAGCCGAGCGAGGCAAACGCUACUUUUCCUCCUCCCCUCGUCUUGAGCUUCGCGCAAAAUACCGCGUUCGCCUCGCUUGGCUCUUAAAGCGCCUGUUAUGCAGGCUACCUCAACGAUGGACAUCGUUGGGCCCGGUACAGUUACGUCCAAAGGAAAGAAAGUUAAAAACAGCAAGGAACUACUCUCUAGGCGUUCGCGGGAUUAAGUCAAAGCAUCCCUCCCCACUCCCCUUCGACACACACCCCAACCCUGUCCCUGCUGCCGAGGCAUAGCGCCUCGCUUGCGUGAAUGGCUACACGUCUUGUAUGCUCUCCUGCCCUCUUCGUGCAGACGGGUAAUCAUAUGACUGUGUAAGUGUUUCUCCCUCUUCGUGAGUUUGUCAUCCUUAUUCACAAAGAUUUUACCAAGGAAAAAACCUCACAAUGUCGACGGCCAUACGGACUCCGGAAAUCAAGUUCACAAAGGUGUGUCAUCUGGGUUAAUUUCAGGACUAUACAUGUAAAUUACGGUACUUUGUAACUGUUCAUACACUUGUAAUUGGGUCUUAUCACGACUACUGAGUAUGACAUGGAUCUAUGCUUGAUCCGUGUAGAACCAAGACAAUAAGUGCUCGUAAAUCGAGUAUUAUGCUUUAUGGCUUCACCCAACAAGCCAUGUAGCAGCAAUUUCGAACUAAUAAACAUGUAGAGAAAACACUCCACAAGAGUCGACCCUCGUCAAAGGCUCAACUUUAACUUAAAUUAACUUCAUUGCUUCCAUCACUUUUAAUACACUAAUAUAUCACGAAGGAGACUACAGAAAGGCAAAAUUGUGCCUCAUACGCAACUUGCACCCAUAAUGCACUUUAUUUGCCCCCAAAAUUUUGCAUAAGCAUUGUUUUCAAUUUUUCUUGGGACGGCUGUAACACAUUGAUUCCCAUUUUUGGAUAUUUUAGGGUAUUUAAAGAAUACCCAUAAAAAUCCCAAAUUUGGCAAAGUGAGACAAGUCCCAACCAGGGAAUUCCCAACCAAGUUCCCUGAUUGGGAUUUUUGUGGGUAUUCUUUAAAUACCCUAAAAUAUCCAAAAAUGGGAGUCCGUUAUUUUUUCCUGUGUAGACCCAGGAGAAAUGAAAAACAAAGGUUAUAAAGGUUGGGGGGGCAAAUGAAGUACAUUAUGGGAGAUGUGCAAGGGGCGUAUUCCACAAUUAAAACAAUUCUGCUCUGUUUUAAGAUGAUAAAGGUAGUCAUGAUGCCAUACUGAAAUGCCACAUUCUCCUCUCAAAGAUGUUCAAAAUUUAAGCUUAUUAAUUGAAGGGACCAUAUUUCCUCAAAUAAUAGCCGGGACGAUUAUUUCUUUUUUGCAUCAAAAGGGAAUGAUUAUUCAGUCAAGGGAGGCGAUUAUUUGAAAUAUUGCUCACUGAAAGUUGCACCCUAAAUAUUUUGUUUUAUUAAGCCAUUAAAUCAAAAAAUCGUCACAUCAAAUAGACCAAACACUGGCUUUUAAAUUGGCUAUCAUUCGAGGAAAUACAGUAAAAACUACUGUAUAAAAUUUUGCCACAUCUAUAUCCCCAUUGUGGCCCUAUUAGGGAAAAAUUCUGACUAGUGGCAUACUGUACACAUGACACAGUAACAAAUGACAGCAUUUUGGCAAGACAAAAGAACAUUAACAGAGGAAGCAAAAUAACUAAAUGCUUUCAAAAUCUCUCCAUUUUCUAAAAUAAGAUACUAGGGCUCUGGCAUAAACUUAAUAUUGCCAAAUUUUUAAUGUUGUUUGUAAAGUAUUUUUGUUACAAUGGCUGUUCAAGAAAUAGGAAUUUUUAAAUGUUAAAGAGCAGAGGAUAGAAUAUUCAGAUUAGCCAACUGCUUUACAUAUGUAUGUACGAAACGUACUUAAUGGCUACUAAUUCUCUUACUGUCUGUAUCCACAGUGUGACUACCGUAACCUAGGCCUGUAUUGGUGCACUUUCAAGUGUUUCUUUCGUUUACUUUAUUAGGAUAAGGCUAAAGACCUCUUAUUUAAAACUAAAAAAAAACUUCUCCCCAAACAGCUUUUCAUCAAUAAUGAAUUUGUGGACUCUGUUAGUGGAAAGACAUUUCCUACUAUAAAUCCAGUGACAGAGGAAAAGAUCUGUGAUGUGGCUGAGGGUGACAAGGUAAGUUAUGAGUAAACACUUCAUUAAAAUUUUGUCAAAUUAUCUUGAUAUACUGGUAUUCUUUGGCUAAUCUUACAUUCUGAUUGGCUAGCUUACUUGCUACCUAACUGUUGAUAACAAGGAAAGAAAAGUUGGGUGUAAGGAAAAAUAGUUUAUAAAAAAAUAAAGAAGUUUUAAAAAUGAAUUAUAAUAUUUUGUAGUGUUGUAAAAUUAAAUUAGGUGGUUCUCUUUCGGUUUCUGUUGACUGUCAUUGUGAACUUUGCAUUGGGACUUUUUGCCCCUUUAAUAACUGAUGGAAAUAAAAUAUAAAAUGAAUAAAUAAAUAUAAAUAAAUUAUGAGUAGGAGGUAGUACAUCCACAAAGUGGUUCUUUGUCUACCUGAUUCGUGGUCGAAUUGGAAUUUUGAAAUGCUGGUUUUUGAGGAGAAGGGAAAACCAGAGAAAAACCUCUCUGAGCAAAGGAGAGAACCAACAACAAACUCAACCCACAUAUGGCAUCAACCACAUUGACUUUCCCUUUGCUUUGUCAAGAAGUGUCUUCUGCAAUUAAAUCUCUUCAAAGUCACAAUUAAUUAUUUUUUUCUAAGAAUCUCACGGGUUAUAUUAGAAUUAGCUAAAUAUUUACCUCCAAGACUGAUGAUGUGCUGUCUACAUUGAACUUUUACAGACCAGCUUACAUGCCACACUUUGUUGGUUUAUUAACUGAAUUAGAUGAAUCAAUGUUUUUCCUACUCCAGGCUGAUGUUGACAAGGCUGUGCAGGCAGCUGCUUCAGCUUUUAAACUUGGAAGUCCUUGGAGAACAAUGGAUGCUUCUCAGAGGGGUCGAUUGCUGUACAAACUUGCCGACCUGGUAGAGCGAGAUUUGCAUUAUUUGGCUGUAAGUGCAUUAAUUUGCAUCUCAUUUAUUUCUUAGCGUGCUAAUUGAGAACACUGAAAUAUAACUCCUUAUCAGCUUGGCCAGGAUAUAGACUGGGUUGGAAACGAAAAAUAUAGAGAGAACAACACCAGUGCAAGCAUAUGUCGAUAGGUAUAAUGAAGUUAAGGUAUAUCAACUGUAUUUUUUAGGGGAAUAUACUUUCACAAUUUGAGUGUUUACUAUGUCAGCAUUGAUAUCGGAAAAAGGUUACCACAGCUGUACUGUAUAAAGAUGAAAACUUGUUAUGAUCCAUGUUGUAUCAAGACAUUAGAGUUGCCAUGGCAAUGUAAUGAUCUCAUUACAUUUUUUACUUGCCUUUGUGUUUCUAGGCACUAUAGGGUUUUUUUUCAGAAAUUACUUAAGGGAGUUUGAAAUUUCCUUAGUUGGAUUGAUUAUGCAAAAGUUUGAACAAAAUCUAUGAGAGCGUUUUUGAAAUAUUUUGAAACACAGCCUCAAGGGUCAUAAAAACACUGAAUAAACAUGUUAUCGACAUAAUUAGCUAACAUCUUAGGAAAAUGAUGAGGUCUGAAAAUGCAGUUUCAUCUUUGUACAAAAAAGGACAAGAUUGUUUCAGCCGAUUGCGAGAAAGAAGAAUUUGAUUAACCUACAUUCGGUUGGUUUCUUUACCAUUUUUGUACUAUGUAAUUUGGUCCACGCCCACAAAUUUCACAUUAAUUUAAAGGGACACAGUCAGCUAUUGGACCGCGCUGACCUGCACACUACUGUUGCCGCCUUGAAAACUUUACCUCAACCCAAAAUAAAAUCUGCACGUCAGAUACAUCUAGAAAUCCGCUUUAAUUCUGCCUAGGUAGUGUUCCAUUUGAUCCUUGAUCUUUUACUGAAAAUCUCUUUUUGAGCAAACUUUUACUUGUCCCAUUACAUUAUUUUAUCAUAUUUGGUUAAAAACAGUAUUCAAAGGAACAUGAACAGAAGAGGUGAGAAACGUGUAGGUGCCUAGGUGGGAGAAAUCACCUUUGUUUACCAAAAUAACAAGAGAAAUGAAUCAGCAACAUAUUGGCGAGCAAAUAAUCGUUAUAUAUAUAUAUUUCGAAAAUCGAUGGAAAAGGUUACAUAUUUGGAAAAUCAAGCUUUCUCAACUGUGAACCUUCGACAAUGAUUCAGACUUCAUGCAAUUUCUCUCCUGUACUGAUGUUUGAAUUUGGACGUAUUCGUCGAUGUUUGGCUUUCCCUGAAAAAAUUCAUGGGUAAAUUCUCAAUCCUUAUGGUAUAUAAACAAUGAGUGCUCUGAUAUGGCGUAGGGCCUAUAAAGAUGAUUUCGGCUUGUAACUAUUUCAACUCAUCAAGGUUUGUUUGGAGUAUUCCGGAUACCCUUUUGUUUCACACGCAUCUUGUGACAUGUAAAUCAGCUAAGGAAUGGUAUCUAAUGCGCAUGUACAUCAGCUGUCUGUGUCCCUUUAAAAACCACUUGAUAAUUUUUUUAAAAAACCUGACAAUCCCAAUUUACAACUCCCCCAAGAUUCAAGGACAUUAAAAUCAAGGAAGGCAAUUAAAUGAGGUUUGAAAUGGCACAAAUUUUUCUCCCAGAUUUUGUUUACUAGUGAGUGUCCUCAUUUUUCACUGGCACUGUUUUCAAGUUUCAUAAACAAGGGCACACAAUUAACAACAAGGAGCGUGGUCUCUUGUUGUUGGUCAGUGGUCAGCGCGGCGCAAGCUAGUCAGCGGCCUUGCUUGCAUUAGCUCCAUGUGCUAAGUACAGCACUUUCAUGGUGGCCAUUCGCUUCGUUCAGCAUUGGAUUGUGCCUUUUUCCCACCCCUUCUCUCCCCUUGAUAUAUCAGUGUGGCAAGUGCCUGGUUCUAUUAUUGUGGGGCCUCAUGGCUGGAAGGCGUGGGUUUUCCACUGGGCAGGGAGGGACGACAGGAAGCAAGUAUCCGCAAAUCUGUUCGGAAGACGAUUUGAGAACUAGAAUUUUCGAAACAUUUGUUGUAAAAUUUCUUGCUUGCCUGCCUCUCCUAGGAUUUUCGAACAUCUAAAAAAUGGUAUAAUUGCCUAUUUUUAACGUAUUUUUACCCUAAAAAGGUCACCUGGAAUUUCGGGAGCCUUUUUUCUGGCUGAAAUUUUCGAAAAGGCAAGUUUUGAACCCUAUAAUUUUCAGAUCACUAGACUUUCAGCUAGGAAAUCCGAACAGAUGAAAAAUUUUUAGGGGAUAAAAAUAUGCCUAUAUCUACCGUUUAAAUACUAAAAUAUGUUUAACAAUGCUAUGUUUAAGUGGUUUUGAACUAUAUUCUCGUUGGAUGCUCCUUGAUUUAAACUCAUCGCUAAUGAUGAGCUUGGGAGCAGGUACCUUAAAGGUUGGUGGGGGGCCAAAUGCAAUAAGCAGAGAGGAGGUAUCCAUGGCAACCCUGUCUCUGGGUAUGUAAAAGGGGUACUACCAUCAGCAAAUAGAAGGUAUACGAAAGGGGUACCUUUUCUGUCAAACAUGGUAAAAUAGUAAGGAGCCUCUGAAUACAAGCAGGCCCCUCUGUUAAGUACUUUAGCCUCUUCUGACACACAUGGUCCUGCCUUGCCAACUUAAUAUACAUCCACAGGGGUUUCAAUAAUAAUUGAAGUAGCCAGCAGGUUUGAAUAGAGUACCUGACUAUAUCAACACAGCUGUCAACAUGGGGCCAUUAAUCCUGUGUCUCUAGGGGGGUCUGGGGCAUGCUCCCUCUGAAAAUUUUGAAAUCUCAAAGCCCUAGAAUGUGAUUUCCAGCGUUCUAGGAACUAAAUUGAGUACAAAAGAGUGUGUUUUUAUUCAAGAAAAUGUAGCUUUCUUUCAGGUUCCGAUUUGUUAGCCACACAACUUACAAGCAAUGAACAAACGUUUUUGAAUGGAAACAAAUUUUGUGUAAACCUCAAAAGAAACAUGUGAAGAUCGAACUGUCUGAAAUACAACUUUUGCAUAACUAAAGCAUAACUCAAAACCAGUGGGACUUUACGUUUUCAUUCAGAUUUUAUGAUGUGUGUUUUGUUCACAACAUUGUAAGCACUUCUUUUGGGGAGAAAAGUAGCUGACUUCUCUGAGCAAAGUAACCGACACGUUUCGUCAGCCAUCGGUGGUGUUUGGAACCCCUGUAUCCAACAAGUGCUCUUUAUUUAGUUUCUAUGAGUAAAUUGUACAACAGGUCUUGUUUCUUAUAAACUUAUAUGUGUUAUUUCUGUAAUUCAACAGUCUUUGGAGACACUGGAUAAUGGAAAAGUUUUUCCUGAUGCUUUGGGGGAUAUUGGCAUUGUGGUGAGGUGCUUGAGAUAUUAUGCUGGUUGGGCUGAUAAGAUCACAGGACAGACCAUCUCAGCAGGUCAGUAAAAGGGAUAAAAUGGAAUAUUAACGAUUUAUGUCAUUGCUGCUGUCAGUGAUGUUAAAAAUAUGAUUUUGAAAUAAACUUGCUGACCUUAAAUAAAAGGCACUUCAGAAACGCCAAAAAUUUAAAUAACUUUUAUUCAGAGUGAUCUGGCAAGGUUUCCUGAUCAUUUGAACCCUUUAAACCGUAAUAAUAUCACUAUUCUUACAUUUCUUGAGCCAAAGUCUGCUCUAAAAUUCAUUUUAAAUAAUAAGGAUGGGGAGAGUUUAGCAAUAAAGACCUAUUUUACUUGUUCAUUCUUCUUCAUUCCUAAAUGCCAUGUCACUUUGAAAGUAGUUCUUGCAUUCCAUGGUCAGCUUAUCACGAUUGAUCACACAAAGAAGGAUCAUUGAAGGUUGGAGUGUCAGGUUGUUCUUUACAGUAAUGUGGUGAAAGAUUUUUCUGCACUUGUUAAGUACUCCUUAAAAAAAACCUAUCCAGGGCUUUCCAUUAAAAAAUCAAAAGGUUUGUUGUCGCUGUUGUCACCAUUGUCAAAGUUCUGAUUGUUGUUACCACAUAAACUGUUGUCACUGUUCUCCCGGCCACCGUUGUCACCGUUGUCACUGUUGUAACUGUUGUCGCCUUUUGUCGCUCUUGUCACUGUUGUCACCAUUGUCGCUGUUGUCGCUGUUGUCACCGUUGUCACCAUUGUCACUGUUGUCAUCAUCAUCACCGUUGUCGCUGUUGUCACUCUUGUCACUCUUGUCGCUGUUAUCACCGUUGUCACCAUUUUCUCUGUUGUCACUGUUGUCACCGUUGUCACUGUUGUCACUGUUGUCACCUUUGUCGCUGUUACGUUGCCACCGUUGUCACCGUUGUCACUUUUGUCAACAUUGUCACCAUUGUCAACGUUGUCACCGUUGUCACUGUUGUGGCUGUUGUCACCGUUCUCUCUGUUCUCACUGCUGUCACCGUUGUCACUUUUGUCAUCGUUGCCUUGCUGUCACCGUUGUCGCUGUUGUCACCCUCGUCACUGUUGUCACUCUUGUCACCGUUGUCACUGAUGUCACCGUUCUCACCGUUGUCGCUGUUAUCACUCUUGUCACUGUUGUCGCUGUUCUCACCAUUGUAACCGUUUUCUCUGUUGUCACUGUUUUCGCUGUUGUCACCGUUGUCGCUUUAGUCACCGUUGUCACUGUUGUCACCAUUGUCACUGUUGUCACUGUUGUCACUCUUGUCACCGUUGUCACUGUUGUCACAGUUGUCACUAAUGUCACCAUUGUCACCAUUGUCACUGUCACCAUUGUCACUGUUGUCACUAUUGUCACGGUUGUCACCGUUGUCACUGUUGUCACGGUUGUCACUGUUGUUACGGUUGUCACCGUUGUCACCGUUAUCACUGUUGUCACGGUUGUCACUAAUGUCACCAUUGUCAUCGUUGUCACUGUUGUCACGGUUGUCACUGUAAUCACUGUUGUCACCACUGUCACUGUUGUCACUGUUGUCACCGUUGUCACUUUUGUCACUGUUGUCACCAUUGUCACUGAUGUCACCGUUGUCACUUUUGUCACCAUUGUCACCAUUGUCAACGUUGUCACCGUUGUCACUGUUGUGGCUGUUGUCACCGUGGUCACUUAUGUCAUCGUUGCCUUGCUGUCACCGUUGUCGCUGUUGUCACCGUCGUCACUGUUGUCACUCUUGUCACCGUUGUCACAGCUAUCACUGACCAUUGUCGCUGUUGUCACCAUUGUCACUAUUGUCACGGUUGUCAUUCUUGUCACCGUUGUCACCCUUGUCACUGUUGUCAAUGAUAUCACCAUCGUAACCGUUGUCACUGUUGUCACCAUUGUCACGGAUGUCACUGUUGUCACCGUUGUCACUGAUGUCAUUGUUGUCACUGUUGUCACUGUCGUAACCCUUGUCAGCGUUCUCACCGUUGUCACCAUUGUCAGGGAGUUCACCGUUGUCACCGCUGUCACUGUUGUCACCAUUGUCACCGUUCUCACUGUUGUCACGGUUGUCACUGUUGUCACGGUUCUCACCGUUGUCACUGUUGUCUCGCAGUCACCGUAGUGACUGUUGUCGCUGUGGUCACCGUUGUCACUGUUGUCACUGUCUUUGUCACCGUUGUCACGGUUGUCACCGUUGUCACCGUUGUCACCAUUGUCACUGUUGUCACUGUUGUCAUUGUUGUCACUGUUGUCAUCGUUGUCACAGUUGUCACCGUCGUCACUGUUGUCACUCUUGUCACCGUUGUCACAGUUGUCACUGUUGUCACUGUUGUCACAGAUGUCACUAAUGUCACCAUUGUCACCAUUGUCACUGUCACCAUUGUCACUGUUGUCACUAUUGUCACGGUUCUCACUCUUGUCACUGUUGUCACUGUUGUCACGGUUGUCACUGUUGUUACGGUUGUCAACGUUGUCACUGUUAUCACUGUUGUCACGGUUGUCACUAAUGUCACUGUUGUCAUGGUUGUCACUGUAAUCACCGUUGUCACCACUGUGACUGUUGUCACCGUUGUCACUUUUGUCACUGUUGUCACUGUUGUCACGGAUGUCACUGUUGUCAACGUUGUCACUGAUGUCACUGUUUUCACUGUCGUCACCCUUGUCACCGUUUUUUACCGUUGUCAGCAUUGUCAGGGAGUUCACCGUUGUCACCGCUGUCACUGUUGUCACUGUUGUCACCGUUGUCACUGUUGUCACUGUUGUCACGGUUGUCACCGUUGUCACUGUUGUCACUGUUGUCACUGUUGUCUCGCUGUCACCGUAGUGACUAAUGUCGCUGUGGUCACCGUUGUCACUGUUGUCACUGUCUUCACCGUUGUCACUGUUCUAACCGUUGUCACUGUCGUCACCGUUGUCACUGUUGUCACCGUUGUCACCGUUGUCACUGUUGUCACUGUUGUCAUCGUUGUCACUGUUGUCACUGUUGUCAUCGUUGUCACAGUUGUCACCGUCGUCACUGUUGUCACGCUUGUCACCGUUGUCCCAGUUGUCACUGUUGUCACAGUGGUCAAUAAUGUCCCCAUUGUCACCAUUGUCACUGUCACCAUUGUCACUGUUGUCACUAUUGUCACGGUUGUCACUCUUGUCACUGUUGUCACUGUUGUCACGGUUGUCACUGUUCUUACGGUUGUCACCGUUGUCACCGUUAUCACUGUUGUCACGGUUGUCACUAAUGUCACCAUUGUCAUCGUUGUCACUGUUGUCACGGUUGUCACUGUAAUCACCGUUGUCACCACUGUCACGGUUGUCACUGUAAUCACCGUUGUCACCACUGUCACUGUUGUCACUGUUGUCACCAUUGUCACUUUUGUCACUGUUGUCACCAUUGUCACUGAUGUCACCGUUGUCACUUUUGUCACCAUUGUCAACGUUGUCACCCUUGUCACUGUUGUGGCUGUUGUCACCGUUGUCUCUGUUCUCACUGCUGUCACCGUUGUCACUUUGUCACCGUUGCCUUGCUGUCACCGUUGUCACUGUUGUCACCGUCGUCACUGUUGUCACUCUUGUCACCGUUGUCACGGCUGUCACUGUUGUCACAGUUGUCACUAAGGUCACCAAUGUCACCAUUGUCACUGUUGUCACCAUUGUCACUAUUGUCACGGUUGUCACUCUUGUCACCGUUGUCACCGUUGUCACUGUUGUCAAUAAUAUCACCAUCGUCACCGUUGUCACUGUUGUCACCAUUGUCACUGUUGUCACGGAUGUCACUGUUGUCACCGUUGUCACUGAUGUCACUGUUGUCACUGUCGUCACCCUUGUCACCGUUUUUUACCGUUGUCAGCAUUGUCAGGGAGUUCACCGUUGUCACCGCUGUCACUGUUCUCACUGUUGUCACCGUUGUCACUGUUGUCACUGUUGUCACGGUUGUCACCGUUGUCACUGUUGUCACUGUUGUCACUGUUGUCUCGCUGUCACCGUAGUGACUGUUGUCGUUGUGGUCACCGUUGUCAUUGUUUUCACUGUCUUCACCGUUGUCACUGUUGUCACUGUUGUCACUGUCGUCACCGUUUUCACUGUUGUCACCGUUGUCACCGUUGUCACUGUUGUCAUCGUUGUCACUGUUGUCACUGUUGUCAUCGUUGUCACAGUUGUCACCGUCGUCACUGUUGUCACUCUUGUCACCGUUGUCACAGUUGUCACUGUUGUCACUGUUGUCACAGUUGUCACUAAUGUCACCAUUGUCACCAUUGUCACUGUCACCAUUGUCACUGUUGUCACUAUUGUCACGGUUGUCACUGUUGUCACUGUUGUCACGGUUGUCACUGUUGUUACGGUUGUCACCGUUGUCACUGUUGUCACCAUUGUCACUGAUAUCACCGCUGUCACCGUUGUCACUUUUGUCAACAUUGUCACCAUUGUCAACGUUGUCACCGUUGUCACUGUUGUGGCUGUUGUCACCGUUCUCUCUGUUCUCACUGCUGUCACCGUUGUCACUUUUGUCAUCGUUGCCUUGCUGUCACCGUUGUCGCUGUUGUCACCCUCGUCACUGUUGUCACUCUUGUCACCGUUGUCACUGAUGUCACCGUUCUCACCGUUGUCGCUGUUGUCACUCUUGUCACUGUUGUCGCUUUUCUCACCAUUGUAACCGUUUUCUCUGUUGUCACUGUUUUCGCUGUUGUCACCGUUGUCGCUUUAGUCACCGUUGUCACUGUUGUCACCGUUGUCACUGUUGUCACUGUUGUCACUGUUGUCACCAUUGUCACUGAUCUCAAUGUUGUCACUGUUGUCACUGUCGUCACCCUUGUCCCCGUUGUCAGCAUUGUCAGGGAGUUCACCGUUGUCACUGCUGUCACUGUUGUCACUGUUGUCACCGUUGUCACUUUUGUCACUGUUGUCACCGUUGUCACUGUUGUCACAGUUGUCACUGUUGUCACCGUUGUCACCGUUGUCACUGUUGUCACUGUUGUCACCGUUGUCACUGUUGUCACUGUUGUCAUCGUUGUCACAGUUGUCACCGUCGUCACAGUUGUCACUCUUGUCACCGUUGUCACUGUUGUCACUGUUGUCACCAUUGUCAUUGUUGUCACUAUUGUCACGGUUGUCACUCUUGUCACUGUUGUCACUGUUGUCACUGUUGUCACUGUUGUCACCGUUGUCACUGUUGUCACUGUUGUCACGGUUGUCACUGUUGUCACGGUUCUCACCGUUGUCACUGUUGUCACUGUUGUCACUGUUGUCUCGCUGUCACCGUAGUGACUGUUGUCGUUGUGGUCACCGUUGUCAUUCUUGUCACUGUCUUCACCGUUGUCACUGUUGUCACUGUUGUCACUGUCGUCACCGUUGUCACUGUUGUCACCGUUGUCACUGUUGUCAUCAUUGUCACUGUUGUCACUGUUGUCAUCGUUGUCACAGUUGUCACCGUCGUCACAGUUGUCACUCUUGUCACCGUUGUCACUGUUGUCACUGUUGUCACCAUUGUCAUUGUUGUCACUAUUGUCACGGUUGUCACUCUUGUCACUGUUGUCACUGUUGUCACGGUUGUCACUGUUGUUACGGUUGUCACCGUUGUCACCCUUAUCACUGUUGUCACCGUUGUCACUAAUGUCACCAUUGUCAUCGUUGUCACUGUUGUCACGGUUGUCACUGUAAUCACUGUUGUCACCACUGUCACUGUUGUCACUGUUGUCACCGUUGUCACUUUUGUCACCAUUGUCACUGUUGUCACUGUUGUCACUUUUUGUCAUUUUUGUCACCAUUGUCACCGUUGUCACCGUUGUCACCGUUGUCACUGUUGUCACUGUUCACUUUGUCACUGUUGUCACUGUUGUCACCGUUGUCACUUUGUUGUCACUCUUGUUGUUGUCACCAUUGUCACUGUUGUCACCGUUGUCACUGUUGUCACUCUUGUCACCGUUGUCACUGUUGUCACUGUUGUCUGUUGUCACAGUUGUCACACCUUGUCACCGUUGUCACCGUUGUCACUGUUGUCACUGUUGUCACCUUGUCACUGUUGUCACCGUUGUCACUGUUGUCACCAUUGUCACUGUUGUCACCGUUGUCACUGUUGUCAUUGUUGUCACCGUUGUCACUGUUGUCACCGUUGUCACGUUGUCACUGUUGUCACCAUUGUCACUGUUGUCACUGUUGUCACCGUUGUCACCGUUGUCACUGUUGUCACUGUUGUCACUGUUGUCACUGUUGUCACUGUUGUCACCGUUGUCACUGUUGUCACCAUUGUCACUGUUGUCACCGUUGUCACCGUUGUCACUGUUGUCACUGUUGUCACUGUUGUCACCGUUGUCACCGUUGUCACUAUUGUCACCGUUGUCACUGUUGUCACUGUUGUCACUGUUGUCACCGUUGUCACUGUUGUCACUGUUGUCACCAUUGUCACUAUUGUCACUGUUGUCACCGUUGUCACCGUUGUCACUGUUGUCACUGUUGUCACUGUUGUCACCAUUGUCACCGUUGUCACCGUUGUCACCGUUGUCACUGUUGUCACUCUUGUCACCGUUGUUACUCUUGUCACUGGUGUCCCAGUUGUCACUGUUGUCACUGCUGUCACCGUUGUCACUCUUGUCACCGUUGUUACUCUUGUCACUGGUGUCCCAGUUGUCACUUUUGUCACUGCUGUCACCGUUGUCACUGUUGUCACCAUUGUCACUGUUGUCACCGUUGUCUCUGUUGUCACCAUUGUCACUGUUGUCACCGUUGUCACUGUUGUUGUCACUGUUGUCACCGUUGUCACUGUUGUCACUGUUGUCACUGUUGUCACCGUUGUCACUGUUGUCACUGUUGUCACUGUUGUCACUUUUGUCACUGUUGUCACUGUUGUCACUGUUGUCACUGUUGUCACUGUUGUCACCGUUGUCACUGUUGUCACUGUUGUCACUGUUGUCACCGUUGUCACUGUUGUCACUGUUGUCACCGUUGUCACUGUUGUCACUGUUGUCACUGUUGUCACCGUUGUCACCGUUGUCACUGUUGUCACUGUUGUCACCGUUGUCACUGUUGUCACCGUUGUCACUGUUGUCACCGUUGUCACCGUUGUCACUAUUCACCGUUGUCACCGUUGUCACUGUUGUCACUGUUGUCACUGUUGUCACCGUUGUCACUGUUGUCACUGUUGUCUGUUGUCAGUGUUGUCACUGUUGUCACUGUUGUCACUGUUGUCACUUUUGUCACCGUUGUCACUGUUGUCACUGUUGUCACCCUUGUCACUGUUGUCACUCCUUUGUCACUGUCACUGUUGUCACUGUUGUCACUGUUGUCACUGUUGUCACCGUUGUCACUGUUGUCACCUGUUGUCACCGUUGUCACUGUUGUUACCGUUGUCUCUGUUGCCACUGUUGUCACCGUUGUCACUGUUCUCACCGUUGUCACUGUUGUCACCGUUGUCACUGUUGUCACUGUUGUCACUGUUGUCACGUGUUGUCACCGUUGUCACUGUUGUCACUGUUGUCACUGUUGUCACUGUUGUCACCGUUGUCACUGUUGUCACUGUUGUCACCGUUGUCACUGUUGUCACUGUUGUCACUGUUGUCACUGUUGUCACUGUUGUCACUGUUGUCACCGUUGUCACUGUUGUCACUGUCGUCACUGUUGUCACCGUUGUCACUGUUGUCACUGUUGUCACCGUUGUCACUGUUGUCACCAUUGUCACUGUUGUCACUGUUGUCACUGUUGUCACUGUUGUCACCGUUGUCACUGUUGUCACCGUUGUCACUGUUGUCACUGUUGUCACUAUUGUCACUGUUGUCACCGUUGUCACUGUUGUCACUGUUGUCACUGUUGUCACCGUUGUCACUGUUGUCACUGUUGUCACUGUUGUCACCGUUGUCACCGUUGUCACUGUUGUCACUGUUGUCACCGUUGUCACUGUUGUCACUGUUGUCACCGUUGUUACCAUUGUCACCGUUGUCACCGUUGUCAGCGUUGUCACUGUUAACACUGUUGUCACCGUUGUCACUGUUGUCACUGUUGUCACUGUUGUCACUGUUGUCACCGUUGUCACUGUUGUCACUGUUGUCACCGUUGUCACUGUUGUCACUGUUGUCACCGUUGUCACUGUUGUCACUGUUGUCACCGUUGUCACUGUUGUCACCGUUGUCACUGUUGUCACCGUUGUCACUGUUGUCACCGUUGUCACCGUUGUCACUGUUGUCACUGUUGUCACUGUUGUCACUGUUGUCACUGUUGUCACCAUUGUCACCGUUGUCACUGUUGUCACUGUUGUCACCGUUGUCACUGUUGUCACUGUUGUCACUGUUGUCACUGUUGUCACUGUUGUCACUGUUGUCACUGUUGUCACCGUUGUCACUGUUGUCACUGUUGUCACUGUUGUCACUGUUGUCACCAUUGUCACCGUUGUCACUGUUGUCACUGUUGUCACGGUUGUCACUGUUGUCACCGUUGUCACUGUUGUCACAGUUGUCACUGUUGUCACUGUUGUCACCGUUGUCACUGUUGUCACCGUUGUCACUGUUGUCACUGUUAUCACCGUUGUCACUGUUGUCACGAUUGUCACAGUUGUCACGGUUGUCACUGUUGUCACCAUUGUCACUGUUGUCACCGUUGUCACUGUUGUCGCCCUUGUCACGGUUGUCGCUGUUGUCACUGUUGUCACUGUUGUGACGGUUGUCACAGUUGUCACGCUUGUCACUGUUGUCACCAUUGUCACUGUUGUCACAGUUGUCACUGUUGUCACCGUUGUCACCGUUGUCACUGUUGUCACUGUUGUCACCGUUGUCACUGUUGUCACCGUUGUCACUGUUGUCACUGUUGUCACUGUUGUCACUGUUGUCACUGUUGUCACUGUUGUCACUGUUGUCACUGUUGUCACUGUUGUCACCGUUGUCACUGUUGUCACUGUUGUCACUGUUGUCACCGUUGUCACUGUUGUCACCAUUGUCACUGUUGUCACUGUUGUCACUGUUGUCACUGUUGUCGCUGUUGUCACUGUUGUCACUGUUGUCACUGUUGUCACCAUUGUUGUCACCAUUGUCACUGUUGUCACUUUUGUCACCGUUGUCACCGUUGUCACUGUUGUCACCGUUGUCACUGUUGUCACUGUUGUCACUGUUGUCACCGUUGUCACCGUUGUCACUGUUGUCACCGUUGUCACUGAUGUCACCGUUGUCACUGUUUUCACUGUUGUCACCGUUGUCACUGUUGUCACUGUUGCUCACCGUUGUCACUGUUGUCACCAUUGUCACUCUUGUCACUGUUGUCACUUUUGUCACUGUUGUCACCAUUGUCACUGUUUUCACUGUUGUCACUGUUGUCAUUGGUGUCACUUUUGUCACUGUUGUCACCGUUGUCAUUGUUGUCACUGUUGUCACAGUUGUCACCGUUGUCACUGUUGUCACGGUUGUCACUGUUGUCACGGUUGUCACUGUUGUCACCAUUGUCAGUGUUGUCACUGUUGUCAAUGUUGUCACUGUGUCACCAUUGUCACUGUAGUCACUGUUGUCACCAUUGUCACCAUCGUCACUGUUUUCACCAUUGUCACCGUUGCCACUGUUAUCAUUGUUGUCACCGUUGUCACUGUUGUCACUGUUGUCACCGUUGUCACUGUUGUCACAGUUGUCACUGUUGUCACCGUUGUCACCGUUGUCACUGUUGUCACUCUUAUCACUGUUGUCACUGUUGUCACUGUUGUCACUGUUGUCACUGUUGUCACUGUUGUCACUGUUGUCACUGUUGUCACCAUUGUCAGUUUUGUCACUGUUGUCACCGUUGUCACUGUUGUCACUGUUGUCACUGUUGUCACGGUUGUCACUGUUGUCACUGUUGUCACUGUUGUCACGAUUGUCACUGUUGUCACGCUUGUCACUGUUGUCACCGUUGUCACCGUUGUCACUGUUAUCACCGUUGUCACUGUUGUCACGAUUGUCACAGUUGUCACGUUUGUCACUGUUGUCACCAUUGUCACUGUUGUCACUGUUAUCACCGUUGUCACUGUUGUCACGAUUGUCACAGUUGUCACGCUUGUCACUGUUGUCACCAUUGUCACUGUUGUCGCCGUUGUCACAGUUGUCACUGUUGUCAUUGUUGUCACUGUUGUCACGGUUGUCACGGUUGUCACUGUUGUCACUGUUGUCACUGUUGUCACUGUUGUCACUGUUGUCACCAUUGUCACUGUUGUCACUGUUGUCACUGUUGUCACUGUUGUCACUGUUGUCACCGUUGUCACUGUUGUCACCGUUGUCACUGUUGUCACUGUUGUCACUGUUGUCACUGUUGUCACUGUUGUCACUGUUGUCACUGUUGUCACUGUUGUCACUGUUGUCACUGUUGUCACUGUUGUCACUGUUGUCACUGUUGUCACUGUUGUCACUGUUGUCACCGUUGUCACUGUUGUCACUGUUGUCACCGUUGUCACUGUUGUCACUGUUGUCACCGUUGUCACUGUUGUCACUGUUGUCACUGUUGUCACUGUUGUCACUGUUGUCACUGUUGUCACUGUUUGUCACCAUUUGUCACCAUUGUCACAUUGUCACUGUUGUCACUGUUGUCACUGUUGUCACCGUUUUCACUGUUGUCACUGUUGUCACCGUUGUCACUGUUGUCACCGUUGUCACUGUUGUCACCGUUGUCACUGUUGUCACUGUUGUCACCGUUGUCACUGUUGUCACCAUUGUCACUGUUGUCACCGUUGUCACUGUUGUCACCGUUGUCACUCUUGUCACCGUUGUCACUGUUGUCACUGUUGUCACCGUUGUCACUGUUGUCACUGUUGUCACCGUUGUCACUGUUGUCACGGUUGUCACCGUUGUCACUGUUGUCACUGUUGUCACCGUUGUCACUGUUGUCAUCGUUGUCACCUGUUGUCACUGUUGUCACCGUUGUCACUGUUGUCACGAUUGUCACAGUUGUCACGCUUGUCACUGUUGUCACCAUUGUCACUGUUGUCACCGUUGUCACCGUUGUCACUGUUGUCACUGUUGUCACUGUUGUCACCGUUGUCACUGUUGUCACUGUUGUCACCAUUGUCACUGUUUUCACCGUUGUCACUGUUGUCACUGUUGUCACUGUUGUCACCGUUCUCUCUGUUGUCACGGUUGCUACUGUUGUCGCUCUUGUCACUGUUGUCACUGUUGUCGCUGUUGUCACUGUUGUCACAGUUCUCACUGUUGUCACUUUUGUCGCUGUUGUCACUAUUGUCACCGUUGUCACUGUUGUCGCCAUUGUCACUUUUGUCACCGUUGUCACUGUUGUCACCAUUGUCACCGUUAUCACUGUUGUCACUGUUGUCACCGUUGUCACUGUUGUCACUGUUGUCACUGUUGUCACCGUUGUCACUGUUGUCACCGUUGUCACUGUUGUCACUGUUGUCACUGUUGUCACCGUUGUCACUGUUGUCACUGUUGUCGCUGUUGUCACUGUUGUCACCGUUGUCACUGUUUUCACCGUUCUUACUGUUGGCACCGUUGUCACUGUUGUCACCGUUGUCACUGCUGUCACUUCUGUCACAGUUGUCACUAGUGUCACCGUUGUCACUGUUGUCUCUCUUGUCACUGUUGUCACUCUUGUCACCGUUGUCACUGUUGUCACUGUUGUCACCGUUGUCACUUUUGUCACUGUUGUCACCGUUGUCACUGCUGUUAUUGCUGUCACUGGUUUAACUGUUGUGACCGUUGUCACUCUUUUCACCGUUGUCACUGCUGUCACCGUUGUCACUGUUGUCACCGUUGUCACUUUUGUCACUGUUGACACUUUUGUCACUGUUGUCACUGUUGUCACCGUUGUCACUGUUGUCACUGUUGUCACCGUUGUCACUGUUGUCACUGUUGUCACCGUUGUCACUAAUGUCACCAUUGUCACCAUUGUCACUGUUGUCACUAUUGUCACUGUUGUCACUGUUGUCACUGUUGUCACCAUUGUCACUGUUGUCACCGUUGUCUUUGUUGUCACCGUUGUCACUGUUGUCACUGUUGUCACUGUUGUCACAUUUCUCACUGUUGUCACGUUUUCACCGUUGUCACCGUUGUCACCGUUGUCACUGUUGUCACCGUUGUCACCGUUGUCACUGUUGUCACCGUUGUCACUGUUGUCACUGUUUUCACUCUUGUCACUGUUGUCACCGUUGUCAUCGUUGUCAGUGUGUAACUGUUGUCACUGUUGUCACCGUUGUCACCGCUGUCACUGUUGUCACCGUUGUCACUGUUGUCACUGUUGUCACCGUUGUCACUGUUGUAACCGUUGUCACUGUCGUCACCGUUGUCACUGUUGUCACCGUUGUCACCGUUGUCACGGUUGUCACUGUUGUUACGGUUGUCACCGUUGUCACCGUUAUCACUGUUGUCACGGUUGUCACUAAUGUCACCAUUGUCAUCGUUGUCACUGUAAUCACCGUUGUCACCACUGUCACUGUUGUCACCGUUGUCACUUUUGUCAGUGUUGUCACCAUUGUCACUGAUAUCACCGCUGUCACCGUUGACACUUUUGUCAACAUUGUCACCAUUGUCAACGUUGUCACCGUUGUCACUGUUGUGGCUGUUGUCACCGUUCUCUCUGUUCUCACUGCUGUCACCGUUGUCACUUUGUGUCGUUGUUCACCGUUGUCACUUUUGUCACUGUUGUCACCGUUGUCACUGUUGUCACUCUUGUCACUGUUGUCACUAUUGUCACUGUUGUCACCGUUGUCACUGUUGUCACUGUUGUCACCGUUGUCACUGUUGUCACCCUUGUCACUGUUGUCACUGUUGUCACUGUUGUCACCGUUGUCAUUGUUUUCACUGUUGUCACUGUUGUCACUGUUGUCACCGUUGUCACUGUUGUCACUGUUGUCACCGUUGUCACUGUUGUCACUGUUGUCACUGUUGUCACCGUUGUCACUGUUGUCACUGUUGUCACUGUUGUCACUGUUGUCACUGUUGUCACCAUUGUCACUGUUGUCACCGUUGUCACUGUUGUCACUGUUGUCACUGUUGUCACCGUUGUCACUGUUGUCACUGUUGUCACUGUUGUCACUGUUGUCACUGUUGUCAACGUUGUCACUGUUGUCACUGUUGUCACCAUUGUCACUGUUGUCACUGUUGUCACCGUUGUCACCGUUGUCACUGUUGUCACCGUUGUCACCGUUGUCACUGUUGUCACUGUUGUCACCAUUGUCACUGUUGUCAUCGUUUUCACAGUUGUCACUGUCGUCACUGUUGUCAAUGAUGUCACCAUCGUCUCCGUUGUCACUGUUGUCACCAUUGUCACUGUUGUCACGGAUGUCACUGUUGUCACCGUUGUCACUGAUGUCAUUGUUGUCACAGGUGUCACUGUCGUCACCCUUGUCACCGUUGUCACCCUUCUCAGCAUUGUCAGGGAGUUCACCGUUGUCACCGCUGUCACUGUUGUCACUGUUGUCACCGUUGUCACUGUUGUCACUGUUGUCACGGUUGUCACUGUUGUCACGGUUCUCACUGUUGUCACUGUUGUCACUGUUGUCUCGCUGUCACCGUAGUGACUGUUGUCGUUGUGGUCACCGUUGUCAUUGUUUUCACUGUCUUCACCGUUGUCACUGUUGUCACUGUUGUCACUGUCGUCACCGUUGUCACUGUGUGUUGUCACCGUUGUCACUGUUGUCAUCAUUGUCACUGUUGUCACUGUUGUCAUCGUUGUCACAGUUGUCACCGUCGUCACUGUUGUCACUCUUGUCACCGUUGUCACUGUUGUCACUGUUGUCACAGUUGUCACUAAUGUCACGAUUGUCGCCAUUGUCACUGUCACCAUUGUCUCUGUUGUCACUAUUGUCACGGUUGUCACUCUUGUCACUGUUGUCACUGUUGUCACUGUUGUCACGGUUGUCACUGUUGUUACGGUUGUCACCGUUGUCACCCUUAUCACUGUUGUCACCGUUGUCACUAAUGUCACCAUUGUCAUCGUUGUCACUGUCACUGUUGUCACUGUUGUCACCGUUGUCACUUUUGUCACUGUUGUCACCAUUGUCACUGAUGUCACCGUUGUCUCUUUUGUCACCAUUGUCACCAUUGUCAACGUUGUCACCGUUGUCACUGUUGUGGCUGUUGUCACCGUUGGCUCUGUUCUCACUGCUGUCACCAUGGUCACUUUUGUCAUCGUUGCCUUGCUGUCACCGUUGUCGCUGUUGUCACCGUCGUCACUGUUGUCACUCUUGUCACCGUUGUCACGGCUAUCACUGUUGUCACUGUUGUCACAGUUGUCACUAAGGUCACCAAUGUCACCAUUGUCAUUGUUGUCACCAUUGUCACUAUUAUCACGGUUGUCACUCUUGUCACCGUUGUCACCGUUGUCACUGUUGUCAAUGAUAUCACCAUCGUCACCGUUGUCACUGUUGUCACCAUUGUCACUGUUGUCACGGAUGUCACUGUUGUAACCGUUGUCACUGAUGCCAUUGUUGUCACUUUUGUCACUGUCGUCACCCUUGUCACCGUUGUCACCGUUCUCAGCAUUGUCAGGGAGUUCACCGUUGUCACCGCUGUCACUUUUGUCACUGUUGUCACGGUUGUCACGGUUGUCACUGUUGUCACGGUUCUCACGGUUGUCACUGUUGUCUCGCAGUCGUCGUAGUGAUUGUUGUCGCUGUUGUCAUCGUUGUCACAGUUGUCACCGUCGUCACUCUUGUCACUCUUGUCACGGUUGUCACAGUUGUCACUAAUGUCACCAUUGUCACCAUUGUCACUGUCACCAUUGUCACUGUUGUCACUAUUGUCACUGUUGUCACUCUUGUCACUGUUGUCACUGUUGUCACGGUUGUCACUGUUGUUACGGUUGUCAACGUUGUCACCGUUUUCACUGUUGUCACGGUUGUCACUAAUGUCACUGUUGUCAUGGUUGUCACUGUAAUCACCGUUGUCACCACUGUGACUGUUGUCACCGUUGUCACUUUUGUCACUGUUUUCACUGUUGUCACUGUUGUCACGGUUGUCACUAUUGUCACCGUUGUCACUCUUGUCAUCGUUGUCACCAUUGUCACUGUUGUCACGGUUGUCACUGUUGUUACAGAUGUCACUGUGUUCACCGUUGUCACCGUUAUCAUUGUUGUCACCAUUGUCACUUUUGUCACUGUUGUCACGGUUGUCACUGUUGUCACGGUUGUCACCGUUGUCACUGUUAUCACUGUUGUCACUGUUCUCUCGCUGUCACCGUAGUGACUAUUGUCGCUGUGGUCACCGUUGUCACUGUCUUCACCGUUGUCACUGUUCUCACCGUUGUCACUGUCGUCACCAUUGUCACCGUUUUCACUGUUGUUACUGUUGUCAUCGUUGUCACUGUUGUCAUCGUUGUCACAGUUGUCACCGUCGACAAUGUUGUCACACUUGUCACUGUUGUCCCAGUUGUCACUGUUGUCACAGUUGUCAAUAAUGUCACCAUUGUCACCAUUGUCACUGUCACCAUUGUCACUGUUGUCACUAUUGUCACGGUUGUCACUCUUGUCACUGUUGUCACUGUUGUCCCGGGGUUCACUGUUGUUACGGUUGUCACCGUUGUCACCGUUAUCACUUUUGUCACGGUUGUCACUAAUGUCACCAUUGUCAUCGUUGUCACUGUUGUCACGGUUGUCACUGGAAUCACCGUAGUCACCACUGUCACGGUUGUCACUGUAAUCACCGUUGUCACCACUGUCACUGUUGUCACUGUUGUCACCAUUGUCACUUUUGUCACUGUUGUCACCAUUGUCACUGAUGUCACCGUUGUCACUUUUGUCACCAUUUUCAACGUUGUCACCGUUGUCACUGUUGUGGCUGUUGUCACCGUUGUCUCUGUUCUCACUGCUGUCACCGUUGUCACUUUUGUCACCGUUGCCUUGCUGUCACCGUUGUCACUGUUGUCACCGUCGUCAUUGUUGUCACUCUUGUCACCGUUGUCACAGCUGUCACUGUUGUCACAGUUGUCACAGUUGUCACUAAGGUCACCAAUGUCACCAUUGUCACUAUUGUCACUCUUGUCACUGUUGUCACCGUUGUCACUGUUGUCAAUGAUGUCACCAUCGUCACCGUUGUCACUGUUGUCACCAUUGUCACGGCUGUCACUGUUGUCACCGUUGUCACUGAUGUCAUUGUUCUCACUGUUUUCACUGUUGUCACCGUUGUUACCGUUGUCACGGUUGUCACUGUUGUCACGGUUGUCACCGUUGUCACGGUUGUCACCGUUGUCACUGUUGUUACUGUUGUCUCGCAGUCACCGUAGUGACUGUUGUCGUUGUGGUCAUCGUUGUCACUGUUGUCACUGUCUUCACCGUUGUCACUGUUGUCACCGUUGUCACUGUCGUCACUGUUGUCACUGUUGUCACUGUUGUCAUCGUUGUCACUGUUGUCACUGUUGUCAUCGUUGUCACAGUUGUCACCGUCGGCACUGUUGUCACUCUUGUCACCGUUGUCACAGUGGCCACUGUUGUCACUGUUGUCACUAUUGUCACGGUUAUCACUCUUCUCACUGUUGUCACUGUUGUCACCGUUGUCACUGUUGUUACGGUUGUCACCGUUGUCACCGUUAUCACUGUUGUCACGGUUGUCACUAAUUUCACCAUUGGCAUCGUUGUCACUGUUGUCAUGGUUGUCACUGUAAUCACCGUUGUCACCACUGUCACUGUUGUCACCGUUGUCACUUUUGUCACUGUUGUCACCAUUGUCACUGAUAUCACCGCUGUCACCGUUGUCACUUUUGUGAACAUUGUCACCAUUGUCAACGUUGUCACCGUUGUCACUGUUGUGGCUGUUGUCACCGUUCUCUCUGUUCUCACUGCUGUCACCGUUGUCACUUUUGUCAUCGUUGCCUUGCUGUCACCGUUGUCGCUGUUGUCACCCUCGUCACUCUUGUCACUCUUGUCACUGUUGUCACUGAUGUCACCGUUGUCACCGUUGUCACCGUUGUCACCAUUGCCAUCAUUGUCAUUGUUGUCACGGUUGUCACUCUGGUCACCGUUGUCACCAAUGUCACUGUUGUCACUGUUGUCACGGUUGUCACUAAUGUCACCAUUGUCAUCGUUGUCACUGUUGUCAUGGUUGUCACUGUAAUCACCGUUGUCACUUUUGUCACUGUUGUCACCAUUGUCACUGAUAUCACCAUUGUCACUGAUAUCACCGCUGUCACCGUUAUCACUUUUGUCAACAUUGUCACCAUUGUCAACGUUGUCACCGUUGUCACUGCUGUGGCUGUUGUCACCGUUCUCUCUGUUCUCACUGCUGUCACCGUUGUCACUUUUGUCAUCGUUGCCUUGCUGUCACCGUUGUCGCUGUUGUCACCCUCGUCACUGUUGUCACUCUUGCCACCGUUGUCACGGUUGUCACUGUUGUCACAGUUGUCACUAAGGUCACCAAUGUCACCAUUGUCACUGUUGUCACCAUUGUUACGGUUGUCACCAUUGUCACGGUUGUCACUGUUGUUACAGAUGUCACUGUGUUCACCGUUGUCACCGUUAUCAUUGUUGUCACCAUUGUCAGUUUUGUCACUGUUGUCACUGUUGUCAUCGUUGUGACAGUUGUCACCUUCGUCACUGUUGUCACUCUUGUCACCGUUGUCACUGAUGUCACCGUUCUCACCGUUGUCACUGUUGUCACCAUUGUCAUCAUUGUCACUGUUGUCACGGUUGUCACUCUGGUCACCGUUGUCACCAAUGUCACUGUUGUCACUGUUGUCACCGUUGUCACUUUUGUCACUGUUGUCACCGUUGUCACUGAUGUCACCGUUGUCACUUUUGUCACCAUUGUCACCAUUGUCAACGUUGUCACCGUUGUCUCUGUUCUCACUGCUGUCACCAUUGUCACUUUUGUCACCGUUGCCUUGCUGUCACCGUUGUCGCUGUCGUCACUGUUGUCACUCUUGUCACCGAUGUCCCGGUUGUCUCUGUUGUCACUGUUGUCACAGUUGUCACUAAGGUCACCAAUGUCACCAUUGUCACUGUUGUCACCAUUGUCUCUAUUGUCACUGUUGUCACUCUUGUCACUGUUGUCACCCUUGUCACUGUUGUCACGGUUGUCACUGUUGUUACAGAUGUCAAUGUGUUCACCGUUGUCACCGUUAUCAUUGUUGUCACCAUUGUCAGUUUUGUCACUGUUGUCACCGUUGUCACUGUUGUCACUGUUGUCACCGUUGUCACUGUUGUCACAGUUGUCACUGUUGUCACGGUUUUCACCGUUGUCAUUGUUGUCACUGUUGUCACCGUUGUCUCUGUUCUCACUGCUGUCACCGUUGUCACUUUUGUCACCGUUGCCUUGCUGUCACCGUUGUCACUGUUGUCACCGUCGUCACUGUUGUCACUCUUGUCACCGUUGUCACGGUUGUCACUGUUGUCACAGUUGUCACAGUUGUCACUAAGGUCACCAAUGUCACCAUUGUCGCUGUUGUCACCAUUAUCACUAUUGUCACUAUUGUCACCAUUGUCACUGUUGUCACUGUUGUCGUUGUCAUUGUCACUGUUGUCAAUGAUGUCACCAUUGUCACUGUUGUCACUUGUUGUCACCAUUGUUGUUGUCACUGUUGUCACUGUUGUCACUGAUGUUGUCAAUGUUGUCACUGUUCUCACUGUUGUCACCCUUUUCACCGUUGUCAGCAUUGUCAGGGAGUUCACCGUUGUCACUGUUGUCACCGUUGUCACUGUUUGUUGUCACUAUUGUCACCGUUUACUGUUGUUGUCACUGUUGUCACCGUUGUCACUGUUGUGUUGUCACUGUUGUGUUGUCACUGUUGUCACUGUUGUCACUGUCACUAUUGUCACGGUUGUCACUGUCUUCACCGUUGUCACUGUUGUCACGGUUGUCACUGUUCUUACAGAUGUCACUGUUGCCACUCUUGUCACCGUUGUCACUGUUGUCACGGUUGUCACUGUUCUUACAGAUGUCACUGUUGUCACCGUUGUCACGGUUGUCAUCGUUGUCACAGUUGUCACCGUCGUCACUGUUGUCACUCUUGUCACCGUUGUCACAGUGGUCACUGGUCACUGUUGUCACAGUUGUCACUAAUGUCACUAUUGUCACCAUUGUGACUGUCACCAUUGUCACUGUUGUCACUAUUGUCACGGUUGUCACUCUUUUCACUGUUGUCACGGUUGUCACUGUUGUUACGGUUGUCACCGUUAUCACUGUUGUCACGGUUGUCACUAAUGUCACCAUUGUCAUCGUUGUCACUGUUGUCAUGGUUGUCACUGUAAUCACCGUUGUCACCACUGUCACUGUUGUCACCGUUGUCACUUUUGUCACUGUUGUCACCAUUGUCACUGAUAUCACCGUUGUCACCGUUGUCACUUUUGUCAACAUUGUCACCAUUGUCAACAUUGUCACCGUUGUCACUGUUGUGGCUGUUGUCACCGGUCUCUCUGUUCUCACUGCUGUCACCGUUGUCACUUUCGUCAUCGUUGCCUUGCUGUCACCAUUGUUGCUAUUGUCACCCUCGUCACUGUUGUCACUCUUGUCACCGUUAUCACGGUUGUCACUGUUGUCACAGUUGUCACUAAGGUCAACAAUGUCACCAUUGUCACUGUUGUCACCAUUGUCACUAUUGUCACGGUUGUCACUCUUGUCACCGUUGUCACCGUUGUCACCGUUGUCACUGUUGUCACGGUUGUCACUGUUGUCACGGUUGUCACUGUUCUGACAGAUGUCACCGUUGUCACUGUUGUCACCAUUGUCAGUUUUGUCACUGUUGUAACCGUUGUUACUGUUGUCACUGUUGUCACCGUUGUCACCAUUGUCACUGUUGUCACUGUUGUCAUCGUUGUCACAGUUGUCACCAUCGUCACUGUUGUCACUCUUGUCACCGUUGUCACUGGUGUCACCGUUGUCACCGUUUUCACUUUUGUCACCAUUGUCAUCAUUGUCACGGUUGUCACUCUGGUCACUGUUGUCACCAAUGUCACUGUUGUCACUGUUGUCACCGUUGUCACUUUUGUCACUGUUGUCACCAUUGUCACUGAUGUCACCGUUGUCACUGUUGUCACCAUUGUCACCAUUGUCAACGUUGUCACCGUUGUCUCUGUUCUCACUGCUGUCACCGUUGUCACUUUUGUCACCGUUGCCUUGCUGUCACCGUUGUCGCUGUCGUCAUUGUUGUCACUCUUGUCACCGUUGUCCGGUUGUCACUGUUGUCACAGUUGUUGUCAAUGUCACCAUUGUCACUGUUGUCACCAUUGUCACUAUUGUCACGGUUGUCACUCUUGUCACCGUUGUCACCAUUGUCACUGUUGUCACGGUUGUCACUGUUGUUACAGAUGUCACUGUGUUCACCGUUGUCACCGUUAUCAUUGUUGUCACCAUUGUCACUUUUGUCACUGUUGUCACCGUUGUUACUGUUGUCACUGUUGUCACCGUUGUCGCCAUUGUCACUGUUGUCAUCGUUGUCACAGUUGUCACCAUCGUCACUGUUGCCACUCUUGCAACCGUUCUCACUGUUGUCACGGUUGUCACUGUUGUCACCGUCAUCACCGUUGUCACCAUUGUCACUGUUUUCACAAUUGUCUCUUUUGUCAGUGUUGUGACCGUUGUCACUAUUGUCACUGUAGUCACCAUUGUCAUUGUUGUCAUCGUUUUCACAGUUCUAACCGUCGUCACUGUCGUCACUGUUGUCACGGAUGUCACUGUUGUCACCGUUGUCACUGAUGUCACUGUUGUCACCGUUGUCACUGUGUUGUCCUGUUGUCACCCUUGUCACUGUUGUCACCGUUGUCACUGUCGUCACCCCUGUCAUCGUUGUCACUGUUGUCACCGUUGUCAGCAUUGUCAGGGAGUUCACCGUUGUCACUGUUGUCACCGUUGUCACCAUUGUCAACGUUGUCACCGUUGUCACUGUUUUGGCUCUUGUCACCGUUGUCUCUGUUGUCACUGCUGUCACCGUUGUCACUUUUGUCAUCGUUGCCUUGCUGUCACCGUUGUCGCUGUUGUCAACGUUGUCACUGUUGUCACUGUUGUCACCAUUGUCACUGUUGUCACUAUCGUCACGGUUGUCACUGUUGUCACGGUUGUAAAAGUUGUCACUGUUGUUACGGUUGUCACUGUUAUCACCGUUGUCACUGUUGUCACCAUUGUCACUUUUUUGACUGUUGUCACCAUUGUCACUCUUGUCACUGCUGUCACCGUUAUUACGGUUGUCACCAAUGUCACCAUUUUCAAUGUUGUUACGGUUGUCAACAUUGUCACCUUGUUACCAUUGUCACUUUUGUCACCAUUGUCAUCGUUGUCACUGUUGUCACGGUUGUCACUAAUGUCACCAUUGUCAUCGUUGUCACUGUUGUCACGGUUAUCACUGUGGUCACCGUUGUCACCGUUGUCACUGUUGUCACCAUUGUCACUGUUGUCAUUGUUGUCACUGUUGUCACUGUUGUCGCCAUUGUCAGCAUUGUCACGGUGUUCACCGUUGUCACUAUUGUGGCUGUUGUCACUGUAGUCUCUGUUGUGACUGCUGUCACCGUUGUCACUUUUCUCAACGUUGCCUUGCUUUCACGGUUGUCGCUGUUGUCACCGUCAUCACUGUUGUCACUCUUGUCACCAUUGUCACGGUUGUCACUGUUUUCACAGUUGUCACUAAGGUCACCAAUGUCACCAUUGUCACUGUUGUCACCAUUGUCACCGUUGUCAAGGUUGUCACUGUUGUUACAGAUGUCACUCUUGUCACCGUUGUCACCGUUAUCACUGUUGUCACUGUUGUCACCAUUGUCAGUUUUGUCACUGUUGUGACCGUUGUCACCACUGUCACUGUUGUCACUGUUUUCAUGGUUGUCACAGUUGUCACCAUCGUCACUGUUGUCACUCUUGUCACCGUUGUCACAGUUCUUACUGUUGUCACUGUUGUCACCGUUGUCACCAUCACUGUUGUCACUGUUGUCAAAAUUGUCACUUUUGUCACUGUUCUCACUGUUGUCACUGUUGUCAACAUUGUCACUGUUGUCAUCGUUUUCACAAAUGUAACCGUCGUCACUGUUGUCAAUGAUGUCACCAUCGUCGCCGUUGUCACUAUUGUGACUACGGUCACUGUUGUCAUGGAUGUCACUGUUUUUAUCGUUGUCACUAAUGUCAAUGUUGUCACUGUUGUCACUGUCGUCACCCUGGUCACCGCUGUCACUGUUGUCACAGUUGUUGUCAGGUUGUCAUUGUCAGGUUGUUCACUGUUGUCACCGUUGUCACUUUUGUCGUCUGUUGCCUUGUUAUCACCGUCGUCACUGUUGUCACUCUUGCCACCAUUGUCACCAUUGUCACGGUUGUCACUGUUGUCACCGUUGUCACUGUUGUCACUGUUGUCACUGUUGUCACCGUUGUCACUGUUGUCACCAUUGUCACUAUUGUCACGGUUGUCACUCUUGUCACGGUUGUCACCGUUGUCACUCUUGUCACGGUUGUCACUGUUGUUACAGUUGUCACUGUUGUCACCGUUAUCACUGUUGUCACUGUUGUCACCAUUGUCAGUUUUGUCACUGUUGUCACCGUUGUCACUGUUGUCACUGUUGUCACCUUGUCACCAGUUGUCAUUGUUGUCAUUGUUGUCACAGUUGUCACCAUCGUCACUGUUGUCACUCCUGUCACCGGUGUCACAGUUGUCACUGUUGCAACGGUUGUCACUGUUGUCACCGUUGUCACUGUUGUCACUGUUGUCAACAUUGUCACUGUUGUCAUCGUUUUCACAGUUGUAACCGUCGUCACUGUUGUCAAUGAUGUCACCAUCGUCACCGUUGUCACUGUUGUCUCCAUUGUCACCGUUGUCGCUGAUGUCAAUUUUGUCACUUUUGUCACUGUCGUCACCCUUGUCACCGUUGUCACUCUUGUCACCAUUGUCAGCAUUGUCAGAGAGUUCACCGUUGUCACCGCUGUCACUGUUGUCACUGUUGUCACCGUUGUCACUUUUGUCACUGUUGUCACCGUUGUCACUGAUGUCUCCGUUGUCACUGUUGUCACUGUUGUUACCCUUGUCACUGUUGUCACUCUUGUCAAGGUUGUCACUGUUGUUAUAAAUGUCACUGUUGUCCCCGUUGUCACCAUUAUCACUGUUGUCACUGUUGUCACCAUUGUCAGUUUUGUCACUUUUCUCACCGUUGUUACUGUUGUCACUGUUGUCACUGUUGUCACUGUUGUCACCAUUGUCACUGUUGUCAUCGUUGUCACAGUUGUCACCAUCGUCACUGUUGUCCAUAUUGUCACCGUUGUCACCAUUGUCACUCUUGUCACUGUUGUCACAAUUGUCACCUUUGUCACUGUUGUCACCAUUGCCACCGUUGUCACUGUUGUCACCAUUGUCACUGUUGUCAUCGUUUUCACAGUUGUAACCGUCGUCAACGUCAUCACCGUUGUCAAUGAUGUCACCAUCGUCACCGUUGUCAGUAUUGUCACCACUGUCACUAUUUUCACUGGUGUUACAGAUGUCACCGUUGUCACUGAUGUCAUUGUUGUCACUGUUAUCACUGUCGUCACCCUUGACACCGUGUUCACUGGUGUCACCGUUGUCAGCAUUGUCAGGGAGUUCACCGUUGUCACUGUUGUCACCUUUGUCACUGUUGUCACUGUUGUCACGGUUGUCAUUAAUCUCACCAUUGUCAUCGUUGUCACUGUUCUCAUGGUUAUCACUGUGGACACCGUUGUCACUGUUGUCACUGUUGUCACCAUCGUCGCCGUUGUCACUGUUGUCACCAUUGUCGUCACCGUUGUCACGGAUGUCACUGUCGUCAUCGUUGUCACUGAUGUCAAUGUUGUCACUGUCGUCACCCUUGUCACCGUUGUCAGCAUUGUCAGGGAGUUCACCAUUGUCACCGCUGUCACUGUUGUCACCGUUGUCACUUUUGUCAUCGUUGCCUUGCUCUCACCGUUGUCGCUGUUGUCACCGUCGUCACUGUUGUCACUCUUGUCACCGCUGUCACAGUUGUCACUAAGGUCACCAAUGUCACCAUUGUCACUGUUUUCACCGUUGUCAGCAUUGUCAGGGAGUUGACCGUUGUCAGCAUUGUCAGGUAGAUCACCGUUGUCACCGUUGUCAGUGAUGUCACCGUUGUCAGUGUUGUCACCGUUGUCACCAUUAUCAACGAUGUCACCGUUGUCACUGCUGUCACCGUUGUCACUUUAUUCAUCGUUGCCUUGCUGUCACUGUUGUCGCUGUUGUCAACGUUGUCACUGUUGUCACGAUUGUCACUGUUGUCACAAUUGUCACUGUUGUCACUUUUGUCAUUGUUUUCACAGUUGUCACUGUUGUCACCGUCAUCACUGUUUUCACCCUUGUCACUGUUGUCACUGUUGUUGUCAUUUGUUAUUGUUGUCACCGUAGUCACCAUUGUCACUGUUGUCAUCGUUGUCACAGUUGUCACCGUUGUCACUGUUGUCAGUCUUGUCACGGUUGUCACUGUUGUCACUGUUGUCACCAUUGUCACUGUUGUCACCAUUGUCGCUGUUGUCACUGUUGUCACCGUUGUCACAGUUGUCACCAUUGUCACUGUUGUCCAUCAUGUCACCGUUGUCACCAUUGUCACUGUUGUCACUGUUGUCACUGUUGUCACUUUUGUCACUGUUGUCAAUGUUGUCACCAUCCGUUGUCACCGUUGUCACUGUUGUCACCAUUUUCACUGUUGUCUGUUGUCACUGUUGUCACCGUUGUCACUGUUGUCAAUGUUGUCACUGUUGUCACCCUUGUCACCGUUGUCACUGUUGUCACCGUUGUCAGCAUUGUCUGUUGUCAUUGUUGUCACUGUUGUCACCGUUGUCACUUUUGUCACUGUUGUCACCGUUUUCACACUGAUGUCACCGUUGUCACUGUUGUCACCAUUGUCACUGUUGUGGCUCUUGUCACCGUUGUCUCUGUUGUCACCCUUUCACCGUUGUCACUUUUGUCACCGUUGUCACUGUUGUGUCACCGUUGUCACUGAUGUCACCGUUUUCUCUGUUGUCACUGUUGUCACCAUUGUCACUGUUGUCACUGUUUUUCACGGUUGUCACUGUUGUCACCGUUGUCACUUUUGUCACUGUUGUCACCAUUGUCACUCUUGUCACCGUUGUCACCGUUAUCAUUGUUGUCGCCAAUGUCACCGUUUUCAAUGUUGUUACUGUUGUCAACAUGUCACUGUUGUCACCAUUGUCACUGAUGUCACCAUUGUCACUGUUGUCACUGUUGUCGUCGUUGUUACAGUUGUCACCGUUGUCACUGUUGUCACCGUUGUCUUUGUUGUCACCGUUGUCACUGUUGUCACUUUGUUUCUGUUGUCAACAUUAUCACUGUUGUCACCGUUGUCACUGUUGUCACUGUUGUCACCGUUGUCACUGUUGUCACUGUUGUCACAGUUGUCACUGUUGUCACCAUUGUCACUGUUGUCACCGUUGUCACCGUUGUCACUGUUGUCACCGUUGUCACUGUUGUCACUGUUGUCACUGUUGUCACUGUUGUCACUGUUGUCACCGUUGUCACCGUUGUCACCGUUGUCACUGUUGUCACUAUUGUCACUUUUGUCACCGUUGUCACCGUUGUCACUAUUGUCACCGUUGUCACUGUUGUCACUGUUGUCACUGUUGUCACCGUUGUCACCGUUGUCACUGUUGUCACUGUUGUCACAAUUGUCACUUUUGUCACUGUUGUCACCGUUGUCACUGUUGUCACCAUUGUUACUGUUGUCAGCGUUUUCACUGAUGUCACCGUUGUCACUGUUGUCAACAUUGUCACCGUUGUCACCGUUGUCACUGUAAUUACUGUUGUCACUGUUGUUUCUGUUGUCAACAUUAUCACUCUUGUCACCAUUGUCACUGUUGUCACCGUUGUCACCAUUGUCACACCGUUGUCACAGUUGUCACUGUUGUGUUGUCCAUUGUCACUAUUGUCACUGUUGUCACGGAUGUCACUGUUGUCACCGUUGUCACUGAUGUCAUUGUUGUCACUGUUGUCACUGUUGUCACUGUUGUCACCGUUGUCACUGUUGUCACCUGUUGUCACCGUUGUCACUUUUUGUUGUUGUCACUGUUGUCACGGUUGUCACCGUUGUCACCAUUGUCAUCGUUGUCACUGUUGUCACGGUUAUCACUGUGGUCACCGUUGUCACGGCUGUCACUGUUGUCACUGUUGUCACCAUUGUCACUUUUGUCACUGUUGUCACCGUUGUCACUGAUGUCACCGUUGUCACUGUUGUCACUGUUUUCACCAUUGUCAGCAUUGUCACUGUUGUCACCGUUGUCACUGUUGUUGUUGUCACCGUUGUCUCUGUUCUCACUGCUGUCACCGUUGUCACUUUUGUCACCGUUGCCUUGCUGUCACCGUUGUCACUGUUGUCACCGUCGUCACUGUUGUCACUCUUGUCACCGUUGUCACGGUUGUCACUGUUGUCACAGUUGUCACAGUUGUCACUAAGGUCACCAAUGUCACCAUUGUCGCUGUUGUCACCAUUAUCACUAUUGUCACGGUUGUCACUCCUGUCACUAUUGUCACUGUUGUCAAUGAUGUCACCAUCGUCACCGUUGUCACUGUUGUCACCAUUGUCACGCAUGUCACUGUUGUCCCCGUUGUCACUGAUGUCAUUGUUGUCACUGUUGUCACUGUGGUCACGCUUGUCACCGUUGUCAGCAUUGUCAGGGAGUUCACCGUUGUCACCGCUGUCACUGUUGUCACCGUUGUUACUGUUGUCACGGUUGUCACUGUUGUCACGGUUGUCUCCGUUGUCACUGUUGUCACUGUUGUCACUGUCUUCACCGUUGUCACUGUUGUCACCGUUGUCACUGUCGUCACCGUUGUCACUGUUGUCACUGUUGUCAUCGUUGUCACUGUUGUCACUGUUGUCACUGUUGCCAUCGUUGUCACAGUUGUCACCGUCGUCACUGUUGUCACUCUUGUCACCGUUGUCACAGUGGUCACUGUGGUCACUGUUGUCACAGUUGUCACUAAUGUCACUAUUGUCACCAUUGUGACUGUCACCAUUGUCACUGUUGUCACUAUUGUCACGGUUGUCACUCUUGUCACUGUUGUCACUGUUGUCACGGUUGUCACUGUUGUUACGGUUGUCACCGUUAUCACUGUUGUCACGGUUGUCACUAAUGUCACCAUUGUCAUCGUUGUCACUGUUGUCAUGGUUGUCACUGUAAUCACCGUUGUCACCACUGUCACUGUUGUCACCGUUGUCACUUUUGUCACUGUUGUCACCAUUGUCACUGAUAUCACCGUUGUCACCGUUGUCACUUUUGUCAACAUUGUCACCAUUGUCAACAUUGUCACCGUUGUCACUGUUGUGGCUGUUGUCACCGGUCUCUCUGUUCUCACUGCUGUCACCGUUGUCACUUUCGUCAUCGUUGCCUUGCUGUCACCAUUGUUGCUAUUGUCACCCUCGUCACUGUUGUCACUCUUGUCACCGUUGUCACGGUUGUCACUGUUGUCACAGUUGUCACUAAGGUCAACAAUGUCACCAUUGUCACUGUUGUCACCAUUGUCACUAUUGUCACGGUUGUCACUCUUGUCACCGUUGUCACCGUUGUCACUGUUGUCACGGUUGUCACUGUUCUGACAGAUGUCACCGUUGUCACUGUUGUCACCAUUGUCAGUUUUGUCACUGUUGUAACCGUUGUUACUGUUGUCACUGUUGUCACCGUUGUCACCAUUGUCACUGUUGUCACUGUUGUCAUCGUUGUCACAGUUGUCACCAUCGUCACUGUUGUCACUCUUGUCACCGUUGUCACUGAUGUCACCGUUCUCACCGUUUUCACUUUUGUCACCAUUGUCAUCAUUGUCACUGUUGUCACGGUUGUCACCAAUGUCACUGUUGUCACUGUUGUCACCGUUGUCACUUUUGUCACUGUUGUCACCAUUGUCACUGACGUUGUCACCGUUGUCACUGUUGUCACCAUUGUCACCAUUGUCAACGUUGUCACCGUUGUCUCUGUUCUCACUGCUGUCACCGUUGUCACUUUUGUCACCGUUGCCUUGCUGUCACCGUUGUCGCUGUCGUCAUUGUUGUCACUCUUGUCACCGUUUUCCCGGUUGUCACUGUUGUCACAGUUGUCACUAAGGUCGCCAAUGUCACCAUUGUCACUGUUGUCACCAUUGUCACUAUUGUCACGGUUGUCACUCUUGUCACCGUUGUCACCAUUGUCACUGUUGUCACGGUUGUCACUGUUGUUACAGAUGUCACUGUGUUCAUCGUUGUCACCGUUAUCAUUGUUGUCACCAUUGUCACUUUUGUCACUGUUGUCACCGUUGUUACUGUUGUCACUGUUGUCACCGUUGUCGCCAUUGUCACUGUUGUCAUCGUUGUCACAGUUGUCACCAUCGUCACUGUUGCCACUCUUGCAACCGUUCUCACUGUUGUCACGGUUGUCACUGUUGUCACCGUCGUCACCGUUGUCACCAUUGUCACUGUUGUCACAAUUGUCUCUUUUGUCAGUGUUGUGACCGUUGUCACUAUUGUCACUGUAGUCACCAUUGUCAUUGUUGUCAUCGUUUUCACAGUUCUAACCGUCGUCACUGUCGUCACUGUUGUCACGGAUGUCACUGUUGUCACCGUUGUCACUGAUGUCACUGUUGUCACCGUUGUCACUGUCGUCACCCCUGUCACCCUUGUCACUGUUGUCACCGUUGUCACUGUCGUCACCCCUGUCACCGUUGUCACUGUUGUCACCGUUGUCAGCAUUGUCAGGGAGUUCACCGCUGUCACUGUUGUCACCGUUGUCACUUUUGUCACUGUUGUCACCGUUGUCACUGUUGUGGCUCUUGUCACCGUUGUCUCUGUUGUCACUGCUGUCACCGUUGUCACUUUUGUCAUCGUUGCCUUGCUGUCACCGUUGUCGCUGAUGUCAACGUUGUCACUGUUGUCGCUGUUCUCACCAUUGUCACUGUUGUCACUGUUGUCACUAUCGUCACGGUUGUCACUGUUGUCACGGUUGUAAAAGUUGUCACUGUUGUCACUGUUGUUACGGUUGUCACUGUUAUCACCGUUGUCACUGUUGUCACCAUUGUCACUUUUGUGACUGUUGUCACCAUUGUCACUCUUGUCACUGCUGUCACCGUUAUUACGGUUGUCACCAAUGUCACCAUUUUCAAUGUUGUUACGGUUGUCAACAUUGUCACCUUGUUACCAUUGUCACUUUUGUCACCAUUGUCAUCGUUGUCACUGUUGUCACGGUUGUCACUAAUCUCACCAUUGUCAUCGUUGUCACUGUUGUCACGGUUAUCACUGUGGUCACCGUUGUCACUGUUGUCACCAUUGUCACUGUUGUCAUUGUUGUCACUGUUGUCACUGUUGUCACCAUUGUCAGCAUUGUCACGGUGUUCACCGUUGUCACUAUUGUGGCUGUUGUCACUGUAGUCUCUGUUGUGACUGCUGUCACCGUUGUCACUUUUGUCAACGUUGCCUUGCUUUCACGGUUGUCGCUGUUGUCACCGUCAUCACUGUUGUUACUCUUGUCACCAUUGUCACGGUUGUCACUGUUUUCACAGUUGUCACUAAGGUCACCAAUGUCACCAUUGUCACUGUUGUCACCAUUGUCACCGUUGUCAAGGUUGUCACUGUUGUCACCGUUGUCACCGUUAUCACUGUUGUCACUGUUGUCACCAUUGUCAGUUUUGUCACUGUUGUGACCGUUGUCACCACUGUCACUGUUGUCACUGUUUUCAUGGUUGUCACAGUUGUCACCAUCGUCACUGUUGUCGCUCUUGUCACCAUUGUCACUGUUGUCACCGUUGUCACUGUUGUCACCGUUGUCAUCAUUGUCACUGUUGUCACUGUUGUCAAAAUUGUCACUUUUGUCACUGUUGUCACUGUUGUCACUGUUGUCAACAUUCUCACUGUUGUCAUCGUUUUCACAGUUGUAACCGUUGUCACUGUUGUCAAUGAUGUCACCAUCGUCGCUGUUGUCACUAUUGUCACUGUGGUCACUGUUGUCACGGAUGUCACUGUUUUCAUCGUUGUCACUGAUGUCAAUGUUAUCACUGUUGUCACUGUCGUCACCCUUGUCACUGUUGUCACAGUUGUCAGCAUUGUCAGGGAGUUGUUACUGUUGUCACUGUUGUCACCGUUGUGACUUUUGUCGUCGUUGCCUUGCUAUCACCGUCGCCGCUGUUGUCACCGUCGUCACGGUUGUCACCAUUGUUACGGUUGUCACUGUUGUCACUGUUGACACAGUUGUCACUAAGGUCACCAAUAUCACCAUUGUCACUGUUGUCACCAUUGUCACUAUUGUCACGGUUGUCACUCUUGUCACCGUUGUCACCGUUGUCACUGUUGUCACGGUUGUCACUGUUGUUACAGAUGUCACUGUUGUCACCGUUAUUACUGUUGUCAUUGUUGUCACCAUUGUCAGUUUUCUCACUGUUGUCACCGUUGUUACUGUUGUCACUGUUGUAACGGUUGUCACCAUUGUCACUGUUGUCACUGUUGUCAUCGUUGUCACAGUUUUCACCAUCGUCACUGUUGUCACUCUUGCAACCGUUGUCACUGUUCUCACGGUUGUCACUGUUGUCACCAUUGUUACUAUUGUCACUGAUGUCACCAUUGUCCCUGUUGUCAUCGUUUUCACAGUUGUAACCGUCGUCACUGUUGUCAAUGAUGUCACCAUCGUCACCGUUGUCACUGUUGUCUCCAUUGUCACCUUUGUCGCUGAUGUCAAUUUUGUCACUUUUGUCACUGUCGUCACCCUUGUCACCGUUGUCACUCUUGUCACCAUUGUCAGCAUUGUCAGAGAGUUCACCGUUGUCACCGCUGUCACUGUUGUCACUGUUGUCACCGUUGUCACUUUUGUCACUGUUGUCACCGUUGUCACUGAUGUCUCCGUUGUCACUGUUGUCACUGUUGUUACCCUUGUCACUGUUGUCACUCUUGUCACGGUUGUCACUGUUGUUAUAAAUGUCACUGUUGUCACCGUUGUCACCAUUAUCACUGUUGUCACUGUUGUCACCAUUGUCAGUUUUGUCACUUUUCUCACCGUUGUUCACUGUUGUCACUGUUGUCACUGUUGUCACUGUUGUCACCAUUGUCACUGUUGUCAUCGUUGUCACAGUUGUCACCAUCGUCACUGUUGUCCAUAUUGUCACCGUUGUCACCAUUGUCACAAUUGUCACCUUUGUCACUGUUGUCACCAUUGCCACCGUUGUCACUGUUGUCACCAUUGUCACUUUUGUCAUCGUUUUCACAGUUGUAACCGUCGUCAACGUCAUCACCGUUGUCAAUGAUGUCACCAUCGUCACCGUUGUCAGUAUUGUCACUGGUGUUACGGAUGUCACCGUUGUCACUGCUGUCAUUGUUGUCACUGUUAUCACUGUCGUCACCCUUGACACCGUGUUCACUGUUGUCACCGUUGUCAGCAUUGUCAGGGAGUUCACCGUUGUCACUGUUGUCACCUUUGUCACUGUUGUCACUGUUGUCACUGUUGUCACGGUUGUCAUUAAUCUCACCAUUGUCAUCGUUGUCACUGUUCUCACGGUUAUCACUGUGGUCACCGUUGUCACUGUUGUCACUGUUGUCACCAUCGUCACCGUUGUCACUGUUGUCACCAUUGUCACCGUUGUCACGGAUGUCACUGUCGUCAUCGUUGUCACUGAUGUCAAUGUUGUCACUGUUGUCACUGUCGUCACCCUUGUCACCGUUGUCAGCAUUGUCAGGGAGUUCACCAUUGUCACCGCUGUCACUGUUGUCACCGUUGUCACUUUUGUCAUCGUUGCCUUGCUCUCACCGUUGUCGCUGUUGUCACCGUCGUCACUGUUGUCACUCUUGUCACCGCUGUCACGGUUGUCACUGUUGUCACAGUUGUCACUAAGGUCACCAAUGUCACCAUUGUCACUGUUUUCACCGUUGUCAGCAUUGUCAGGUAGAUCACCGUUGUCACCGUUGUCAGUGAUGUCACCGUUGUCAGUGUUGUCACCGUUGUCACCAUUAUCAACGAUGUCACCGUUGUCACUGCUGUCACCGUUGUCACUUUAUUCAUCGUUGCCUUGCUGUCACUGUUGUCGCUGUUGUCAACGUUGUCACUGUUGUCACCAUUGUCACUGUUGUCACUAUCGUCACGGUUGUCACUCUUGUCAUUGUUGUCACAUUUGUCACCAUCGUCACUGUUGUCACUGUUGUCACCGUUGUCACUGUUGUCACGGUUGUUAUUGUUGUCACCGUAGUCACCAUUGUCACUGUUGUCAUCGUUGUCACAGUUGUCACCAUCGUCACUGUUGUCAGUCUUGUCACCGUUGUUACUGUUGUCACUGUUGUCACCAUUGUCACUGUUGUCACCAUUGUCGCUGUUGUCACUGUUGUCAUCGUUGUCACAGUUGUCACCAUCGUCACUGUUGUCCAUCAUGUCACCGUUGUCACCAUUGUCACUGUUGUCACUGUUGUCACAAUUGUCACUUUUGUCACUGUUGUCAAUGAUGUCACCAUCGUCACCGUUGUCACUGUUGUCACCAUUUUCACUGUUGUCACGGAUGUCACUGCUGUCACCGUUGUCACUGAUGUCAAUGUUGUCACUGUUGUCACCCUUGUCACCGUUGUCACUGUUGUCACCGUUGUCAGCAUUGUCAGGGAUUGUUGUCACAGUUGUCACCGUUGUCACUUUUGUCACUGUUGUCACCGUUUUCACUGAUGUCACCGUUGUCACUGUUGUCACCGUUGUCACUGUUGUGGCUCUUGUCACCGUUGUCUCUGUUGUCACUCCUUUCACCGUUGUCACUUUUGUCAUCGUUGCCUAGUGUCACCGUUGUCGCUGAUGUCAACGUUUUCUCUGUUGUCGCUGUUGUCACCAUUGUCACUGUUGUCACUGUUUUUACGGUUGUCACUGUUAUCACCGUUGUCACUUUUGUCACUGUUGUCACCAUUGUCACUCUUGUCACUGCUGUCACCGUUAUUACUGUUGUCACCAAUGUCACCAUUUUCAAUGUUGUUACUGUUGUCAACAUUGUCACCUUGUCACCAUUGUCACUGAUGUCACCAUUGUCAUCGUUGUCACUGUUGUCGUCGUUGUUACAGUUGUCACCGUGGUCACUGUUGUCACCGUUGUCUUUGUUGUCACCGUUGUACUGUUGUCACUUAUGUUUCUGUCGUCAACAUUAUCACUCUUGUCACCAUUCUCACUGUUCUCACUGUUGUCACCGUUGCAAUGAAGUCACCGUAAUUACAGUUGUCACUUAUGUCACCAUUGUCACUAUUGUCACUGUUGUCACGGAUGUCACUGUUGUCACCGUUGUCACUGAUGUCAUUGUUGUCACUGUUGUCACUGUGGUCACCCUUGUCACCGUUGUCACUGUUGUCACCGUUGUCACUGUUGUCACGGUUGUCACUAAUGUCACCAUUGUCAUCGUUGUCACUGUUGUCACAGUUAUCACUGUGGUCACCGUUGUCACCGCUGUCACUGGUCACCAUUGUCACUUUUGUCACUGUUGUCACCGUUGUCACUAAUGUCACCAUUGUCAUCGUCGUCGUUGUCACAGUUGUCACCGUGGUCACUGUUGUCACCGUUGUCUUUGUUUUUACCGUUGUACCGUUGUCACAGUAAUUACUGUUGUCACUUAUGUUUCUGUCGUCAACAUUAUCACUCUUGUCACCAUUCUCACUGUUGUCACCGUUGUAAUGAUGUCACCGUAAUUACAGUUGUCACUUAUGUCACCAUUGUCACUAUUGGCACUGUUGUCACGGAUGUCACUGUUGUCACCGUUGUCACUGAUGUCAUUGUUGUCACUGUUGUCACCGUUGUCACCGUUGUCACUGUUGUCACCGUUGUCACUGUUGUCACCGUUGUCACUGUUGUCACGGUUGUCACUAAUGUCACCAUUGUCAUCGUUGUCACUGUUGUCACGGUUUUCACUGUGGUCACCGUUGUCACCGCUGUCACUGUUGUCACUGUUGUCACCGUUGUCACUUUUGUCACUGUUGUCACCGUUGUCUCUGAUGUCACCGUUGUCACUGUUGUCACUGUUUUCACCAUUGUCAGCAUUGUCACUGUUGUCACCGUUGUCACUGUUGUGGCUGUUGUCACCGUUGUCUGUGUUGUCACUGCUGUCACCGUUGUCACUUUUGUCAUCGUCGCCUUGCUGUCACCGUUGUCGCUGUUGUCACCGUCGUCACUGUUGUCACUCUUGUCACCGUUGUCACGGUUGUCACUGUUGUCACAGUUGUCACUAAGGUCACCAAUGUCACCAUUGUCACUGUUGUCACCAUUUUCACUGUUGUCACUAUUGUCACUGUUGUCACUCUUGUCACCGUUGUCACUGUUGUCACGGUUGUCACUGUUGUUACAGAUGUAACUGUUGUCACCGUUGUCACCGUUAUCACGGUUGUCACCGUUGUCACCACUGUCACUGUUGUCACUGUUUUCAUGGUUGUCACAGUUGUCACCAUCGUCUCUGUUGUCACUGCUGUCACCGUUGUCACUUUUGUCAUCGUUGCCUUGCUGUCACCGUUUUCACUGUUGUUGGUGUUUUCACCGUUGUCACUGUUGUCGCUGUUGUCACUGUUUUCACUGUUGUCACCGUUGCCACUGCUGUCAUUGUUGUCACCAUUGUCACAGUUGUCGCUUUUGUCACGGUUGUCACCAUUGUCGCUGUUGUCACCGUUUUCGCUGUUGUCACUGUUGUCACCGUCGUCAGCAUUGUCACCGUUUUCACCGUUUUGUUGUUGCUGUUGUCACCAUUCUCACUGUUUUCACCAUUGUCACUGUUGUCAGCGUUGUCAGUGUUGUCGCUGUUGUCACCUUUGUCGCUGUUGUCACGGUUGUCACCGUUGUCGCUGUUAGCAUUGUUGUCACUGUUUUCUCCGUUGUCACUGUUGUCAGCAUUGUCACCGUUGUCGCCGUUGUCACUGUUGUCACCGUUUUUACCGUUUUGUUGUUGCUGUUGUCACCGUUUUCACCGUUGUCACUGUUUUCGCUGUUGUAACCGUUGUCACUGUUGUCACCGUUGUCACGGUUGUCACCGUUUUCAGUGUUCUUACCGUUGUCACUGUUGUCACCGUUUUCUCUGUUGUCACUCUUGUCACCGUUGUCACUAAUGUCGCUGUUAUCACUGUUGUCACUGUUGCCACUGUUGUCACCGUUGUCACUGUUGUCACUUUUGUCACUGUUGUCAUCGUUGUCACUGUUGUCGAUGUUGUCACUCUUGUCACUGUUGUCACUGUUGUCGCUGUUGUCACCGUAGUCACUAUUUUCUCUGUUGUCACCUUUGUCACCGUGGUCUUAAUUUUUACUGUCAACGAGAAAGAGUGACAAGUUGAUCAUCACACCUCAAGGUGUAUUUCUCUGUUUGUCAUCUUUUUUUUAUCAAGAUUAUCCCCUUACGUGUUACCGAGCUUUGGCUGCAAAAUUAAAUUAAAAUUAUUGUUUUGCAUAAUAUCAUGUUAUUUUUCACUCGUUUUCCACUGAACGCUUAUUUGCAAUAGUAAUGGUCGGGCAGUUAGAGCGUUGGACUUGUAUUUCAGAGGCCCGAGUUCAAGUCCUGCCCUGACCGCUAGCUGGACUUGUUCUUGUUAGUCCCGAGUUCAAAUCCUCGCAAAUGCUUGUAAAUAACCAGCUGGUUUGCCUCCGGCCACUUGGGAUUCUUAACCCUGUUAAAUUUGAUUUAAAUUAUUUGUUUUGAGACAUUUGCUAGGCCCUACUAGCAUCAGUGAUAUAAAAACUACUGAGGGUAAACCUGAGAUCAGACCCAAUUUUAACAGCUUCCAUUCUCUAACAGCUCUUAUUUCAUUCUGUAACCUCUCUUUUUUCUUUCUCUAACAUGUCUCUCCAUGCAUUGGAAUUUUAUUUACUGAGUGAAACGAAAAUUGAGCCUGAUCUCAGGUUACGCGAAAGCUGAACUGAGUUGAACAAUUAGGGAGGGGGUGGGGGGAGGAAGGCAGAAAACCUUUGUUUCGCUCAUCUGUAUAUCUUGCUUUACGAACUACAAACAAAAAACGCCACUGAUCAAAACCACUUGUCUGGGACAAGUGGACACCGCUUUUGUCGCGCCCUGACUCCGGAGUGGCUAUUUCGUUUUAACGAAAAUGAACCUCGUGAAUACGCGAAGGGUGUUUUGACGUGGACAGGCACAUGACGAGUUCACCACAGUCUUUACUUUGAUUUAUUUUCUCAUGACCUGUAUUUUCGAUUCAGCCAUUAAGGUUGCGAUAGGCUGGAAAAAUUUAAUGUUGGUCACUCUCAGGUGUUAAAGAGUACAAAUGUUAUUUCCGAAUUUGCAGAUGGUCCUUUUUUUGUGUACACCCGGCGUGAACCAGUUGGCAUUGUGGGUGCUAUUACACCUUGGAAUUUCCCUUUGCCCUUGUGUAGCUUAAAGCUUGGUCCUGCCUUGGCUUGUGGCAAUGUUGUUGUGCUUAAACCUCCAGAGCAGACUCCUUUAACAGCUCUUUACCUUGGCUCUCUUGUGAAGGAGGUAAAGUAUGGGUUAUUCAGCUGAAUUUUAUAGUGAAUUUUAGAUUCCUUUGUUCCAGGUUACAAUAUUAAUUUCCAAUUUUAGGCAGAUACAUUUAAAGAAAUAGUUUUGAAAAUGUUCGAAACCCGCCAAAAUAAAAUAUAUAAACCAACGAUUAUCAAAAGAGGACAAAAGGCUCCAUGAUGUUGCUAGUUUCUAUUUCUCUUUCUUACGGUCACGUGAUUACCCAAAUUUCUCGGAAGGGUAGAUGACCACAUUUUCUUAGGUAUGGGGCCACGGUCGCGCGCGUGGAGCUCCGUUAUUAUGCAGUCUAAGUAAGUAAAGUUUCAAAAUAAUCGUAGCAGCCAUGCAACCCAAUGAGAGUUCUCCUAUUGGUGUCACCUCUGUUAAGCAGCCAUCACUUGCUUGAUACACUUAGGUUCGGCUUUAUUCUUAAAAAAUUAUGAUGAACGAAGACAGUUUAAGAUGACGAAGGUGACAACUGAUUUUGGACCAUUAAUGCCACUGCUGUCGCAUGUUUGGUUCAAAAUAAAGCAAUAUGCUAAUGAUUAUGCUGAUAUUAUCCGGUUGAAAUGAAAAACCAUUAUUAAGCAGGCAACCUCCAGCAAGCGGCCACUUGCCGGUGACUCGAGGGUGGGGAUAAUCUUAGGCUUCUGGGAAACUGCCCACCUACCCCUCCCCUAACCCAACAUUUUGCUCCAAGUGAGACGCAAAUGUUAACGUAGAGUUAGGGGAGGGGUAGGUGGGCAGUUUCCCAGAAACCUAAAUUGAUCUGAGGGUGGCAGCGGAGGAAGAGGUUCAACUGUUUAACACCCUUUUACUGGGAAUGCAAAUUUGCAAGUCUAAUUUAACAGGUUUGUCUUAAUUUUGUUUGAGGGGAUUAUGUUGUGAACUGUGAUGUCUUCUGAAUAUCUUGUUGUGUCUGCAGGCUGGCUUCCCCCCUGGUGUGGUGAAUAUCAUCCCUGGUUAUGGUCCCACUGCAGGUGCUGCCAUAUCUGAACACAUGGACAUCAACAAAGUCUCAUUCACAGGGUCAACAGAGGUACAUGAAGCUAAAUGUUCAUGUAACUUUACCAAUACUAACCUGUCUACAGACUUUUUUUUCAAAUAAUUUAACAUCAAGCGCAUAAUUUGGCAAGUGUCAUCUUGUUCUCAUUUACCCACCCCCUACCGCUUUAGCUUGAGUAUCAGGCGUUUCUGGGGGAAAGAGGGAAGGGGAAAACCAAGGAACUCCUGAUAUCACCCCUUGCGCUAGCAGUCAAUAAAUCCUCCACAGGCUUAAUCGUCAUACAUGCGCUUGACCUUAUCCAAAGAGGGAAUCAGAAAGUCUGUAAACAAGCUAUUCAGAUCCCGUUUUAAAAUUAUCUUUGUAAUAAGUCACCCUCUUUUUUUCAGCAGCCAAAUGUGUCAAGCAUCUCACCCCUGCCCAACUGUUGAAUGAGUUGAACAGUCCUAUUACACUAAAUAAUCACUUAAUCAAAAAACAGACUACUUUACUAAUGAUUUAAUGAUUAUCUACAGACUGUAAAAACGUAAUGAAACACCCAUGGCUUGGAGAAUUAGGCUCUAGGUCAAUCUUGAUCUUAUGUCCAACUCUUUCUUUUUUCCCAAGAAAACGUAAGGUGAUUUUAAGGGAAAUCUCGCUGAAACUAGCAGUUAAUCAAAAUCUACUUAAGGCUAUUUUUCAGGCGCCCCUCAAUUUGGGUGUAAUGAGUCAUUGUUAUGUACAUAGCUUACCAACUAAGGUCUUAUAUUGCUUUGUUAGAUGAAUUGUCGUUAUAAUAACAAUAAAUUUUUUUGGCACAAAUCCUUAUGCAUUGGCAAGUUUUAGUCUUACAUGAACAUUGACUUUCUUUUACAAUGAUGGUUACAAAGGUUGGACAGAUCAUCCAGGCUGCAGCUGCGAAAUCCAAUUUGAAGCGUGUGACCCUAGAACUCGGAGGAAAAAGCCCUGUCAUAGUAUUUGCGGACAGUGAUAUGGACUUUGCUGUGCAGACUGCCCACCGUGCGCUGUUCUUCAACCAAGGACAGUGCUGCAAUGCAGGAAGCCGUACAUUUGUACAAGACACCAUUUAUGAUGAGUUUGUGAAGAGAAGCGUGGAAAGAGCUAAAAAGCGUACUGUUGGAGAUCCGUUUGGCGAGAACGUUGAGCAGGGUCCGCAGGUGAAUGUAUUAAACAUUUCUGGUAUCACCAUUCACUUUUAGCCUGCAAAACAGGUUUUAUCAAUAGCUCUCAGGAGUGCUUUUUGACUUGAGCACAAAGCACGAGACAGUACACGAGAGGGAACCUAAAUAACGUUGGACCACCCCCCCUCCCCUCAAAAAAAAUCGGGGAGCGUGUCUCUGGCCCUGAUUUUGUUUGAGUCGAAGUGAGCGUCUUUACACAGGCUAAAAUAACGCCUGUUGCACAAGCCCUCUCAAUGAUCAACUUCUAAUCUCCCCAGGAUUUCGAUUGCCAUAUGAUUCCAGAUUGAGCCCCCUCGAAUUUGGACAUUUUAACAGUCUUGGCGCGUGACCAUGAGUUACCAUCUGAACAAUGAUCAUUUGACCAUAAAUGUAAAUUAACUUUACCGACUGUUGUCCAGCUUAUAUUAUGACAUUGCUCAUUCACUGCUGGGUACGACAUUACAUUCACUGACAUUUUAACCAGACCUCGGACUAUUUACUUAAAAUAACUUCAGUUCCAUGUUUCCUCCAUAGCAGUUGAAACUUUAGCAUGUAACUAGUACCUUUUGCGUGGCCUCCCUGUGAAGAAGCCCAAAAUUGGUGUAUGACCGCUGGACCAACUUUGUACCUUCUAUAUUUUUUUUUGACUGUAGGUGGAUAAAGAACAGUUUGAUAAAAUUCUGGAUUUGAUUGAAAGUGGAAAGAAAGAAGGUGCAAAGCUGGAAUGUGGUGGUGGUCGUCAUGGAGACAAGGGAUACUUCAUACAGCCCACUGUUUUCUCCGACGUCAAAGAUGACAUGAGAAUUGCCAAGGAAGAGGUACUUGCUCCCUUGAUCCGUAGAGAAGUAUAAAAUCAAACUCCUAUUUGGUUUGUUCGCAGCAAUGAAUGACUUAUACAAAUUUCUGCUAUGAAAUUCACAGAAAUUUACAGAAAUGCCAAGCAUAUACACUAAGUGUUAAUGAUAUAUGAAAUAAAUCAUAUAUGAACUGCGGAAAUGAAAUUAACAUGAAGAAAUGAUCGUCGCAGUGAACUAUGAAGCCACUGACGUUGGGAGCAGGUCCCAACGUCAGUGGCUUCUUAGCUCAGUUGGUAGAGCAUCGCACCGGUAUCGCCAGGUUACGGGUUCAAAUCCCGUUGAAGUCCUGAAUUUUUUUCAGGCUUCUAUACGCAAUUGCAUAAAUUGCGUUCACUGCGACGAUUAUUUCUUCAUGUUCAUUUCAUUUCCGCAGUUCAUAUAUGAUUUAUUUCAUAUAUCAUUAACACUCAUUUUUUUCACGGGAACAUAUGAACCCACAAUUGACCUUCUCCAAACGUCAGUGGCUUCAUAGCUCAGUUGGUUGAGCAUCGCACCGGUAUCGCGAGGUCUCGGGUUCAAACCCCGUUGAAGUCCUGAAUUUUUUUCAGGCUUCUUACGCAAUUGCAUAAAUUGCGUUCACUGCGACGAUCAUUUCUUCGUGUUCAUAUCUGUCUGGAUUUGUUAAAACGUGGCUAAAGAAACUUCAAGUGCAUUUUAACUAUUUGACAUAUAAGUGGAAUGGGAAGCAGUUAAAAGUCACUAGCUGAAGCUAAACAAUGACAGCAUUAUUGCUGGCAAUAGACGGUAAAGUUCUCUCGCAGAAAUAACAGGAUUUUGCGCUGAAAUAAACAACAUUUGAAACGUCCAGAAAUUGUAAUCUUUUAGUCAGUCAAACCGUGAGGCCCACAGCUCAGUGUCGGCCGGAAACAUAUUAAGAAUCCACAAUCUUUGAGCACAGAAUAGGCUUUCUAACACAAAAUCACCUAAACUAAACACUCACGAAGCGUUUUUAUGCUUGACACAAAGUAUUCUGGUAACACGAGCUCAACCGCACAUACCUGAGAUUUGUCUGUCAACACUUUCGGUAAAUCACACAAUAAAUGACUUUCGCGGCAAUCACAACACUUCCCAAAACCACUCAUAAUAUUUCCACACUUAACACGGGCGAAACAUCGUCAAAUUACUCCGUAAAACUCUCGCUUUCUCCACAUAAAUCGUCACAUGGAACUUUUCUCGACUCACUGACAGUCGAUUUAUUCAAGAUCCCAGAUGUAAACCAGCGGUUGAAAAGGAGACAUACAGCCCCCGCCUUCCACACAAUUUUUUUAUGAAGUCUUUGGCCUGCUCAGAAAUCAGCAUGAAUUUCCACUUUACGUAAUAGAUUUCAACCCUAGAACCUACUUUGUGAGGCCAAAGACUUGUUACUGCCAACAACAAAGCUCGCAAUAUCCAAUCUCUCCGUCUCAAGCCCGGGAUCAGUCUUUCACCCGUGUAGCCCGAAAUGAGACGAAAUACUAGAAGAUAUUGGACGCAGCAGACUUUGCCAGACGUGAGAAUUGUUCCUUCAUAAGGCUUAAUGAUGCUUUCCGGAAAACUUUGCUCAAGGCAGCCAAAAAAACUCUGAGACAACCCACUAUGAGGCCGAGUUCAGUCUAUUACGCGCGCUGAUUUCAAACUGACCUACAGAGAGAAUUAUGGGAAGUGAUGAAAAACAUUUUUGGUGGGGGUGGGGGGGGGAGGGGUGGGUAAUAGGUUAAUAGCCAGCGAGAAACUUAUCAAAGUCUAUCUACUGUGGCCACUGCAAGGCUCAGUCAGAGGGUAUAUAAGAGAGAUUUCUGUAGCCAUGUUUUUGCAAAUCCAGACAGAUAUACACUAAGUCAGAAAAAAAUGGAAACUUUCUGCUAUUGAAACCCAGCCGUUAAAUCAUGCUACUUUUACGUGGAACGUGUAAAAUACAAAACUUUGCUGUUUACGUGUUGUGUAAUAAAGUGUACUUGUAAGUGAUUAAAUUUAUUAUCUUGCUCUUCCUUCUACAAGAUAUUUGGCCCAGUACAGCAGAUAAUAAAAUUCAGUGAUAUAAGCGAGGUUAUUGAGAGGGCAAACAACACAACUUAUGGGCUGGCAGCAGCAGUAAUCACCAAAGACAUCGAUAAAGCAACGACCAUUUCUCACAGUUUACAGGCUGGAACAGUAUGGUUAGUAAUAACACUUAUAACGCGCUCUCUUUGUUUUCUGUAAGUUUUAGUAUUCCUUGUGAGUGGAAAGCCUAAGAAUAAAAGGUUUAUGAUUGGUUGAAUCGAGGAACCCGCCUUUAUCUUUCAAAACUUAAGUGCGGUACCCAAGAAAUAAACUCCAGGGAUAUUCGACUACAUUUGAUAUUUCCAGCGAAUAGGAGCCUAAAGCGACUAUUUAAAAAAAAAAAACGAAAAUUCCGCCGUCGAUUCUAAAGCUUCCUAUUAAUAUGUAUUAUUAAAACAUCUAAAAACACAACGUUUAAGUUUUAAAAAAAUAUUUCGGAUACAGCAGUACCCAUUGUCAGUUCAUGGAUGUUUACUAAAUAUUGGUAAUAUAAAGUUGGAUAACAAAGAGUGUUAACUGCAUUUAUUAUUAUUUGGGCGUCGCCCAAAUAGAGUAAUCGAGUUCGCUGUUUUGAUUCAAAGUUGCAAUAGGCAGGCAAAACAUGCGAACCUAAACAAACCAAGUAAACAAGCCAAGCGACGCGAAUGUCUACCGCGCGAUGUGUCACGACACAGAAUUUAUCCUCGUACACUGAAUGAAACAGACUAUUAAAUAAUUUAAAGUUUCCCUGUCAAGGCGAGAAUGUUUUUUCCUUCGAAAAGGGCUGGCCCGGAGCCGCCAUUUUUAUAUAGAGAUUGGAAGCAAUGCGCAUGAACAGUGUGUUAACCGCUGUCCUGUUUCUCGCUUUGUUCAUUCGCCGGGCCGCCCGGCAAGCGUGAUUACUUGGAAUCCCGAGAUCCCGGCAUCACAAUACUAGGAUCCCAGCUAACCGGUCUGGUUGACUGGCUCGGUUGUCAUAUAAUCGCAAAGUUGAUUUUUGUUGCGUUCAGUCAAGGUGCCGAGAUCUCUUUAAAGCGAGCCAGCCUGGCUCAUGUGAUCAGGGCCUUAGUUCUAUAUCCAGAUUUUACGUCCUCCCUCUUAACCUCACCGAUUUUUCAAAGCCCCCCGAGCAAACACAAAAUUUCAGCCCCCCUCGAAAUCAUAUCCACUUCUCUAUAUUAAUUGAAGUUUCCCUUAUCCGCGUUCUCUCCAUAAAAAUAUUAUCAAAAAUAACCGAAAAACAAUCCUAAACAGAAAGCCUAACAACGUUUAAAAUAAGUACAAGUAUGUUUUCGACCACUUCUUCAUUUCAACGGACUUAAACUACACUAUCCCUUCAUAACCAAAUUAGCACUCCAACAACUACUUCACUAGCAUUAUUUUUUGUUACUUCAUUUUAAAUUCUACGAGAAACCAGUUUCACUGAUCAUAGUUACUAGAAAUACGUGUAUCGCAGAACCUCGCUUUAAUUAUGGUCAAAAGGCUGAUCGGCUGUCCUCAGUCCGCUGGAAAGAUAUUCCUCGUGUGCAUUUUUUUUCCUCGUGUAGUUGUAAAUUUUUGCUGCCUAUCGUUGUAUCGAAGAAGAUAAGUUUGAAUGUAAACUUCAAGCGUUGCCUCUCCCCAUCGCUUUCGUUGCGAAUUCUAUUGUCUUGAAUUAUCGGCAGUUGGUGAUCCCUCUCUUCAUCCGUUUCGUUUUCAGUGUAAUUGUAGUAUUUUGUCGCUGCCUCUGUAAAUGUUUGUAGUCGCUGUAGCCUCUGUCUCUCGGUUGACAGCGUUAUCUUCGCUGUCGUAGACGUUGCUUGCACUGGAUUUCAAGUCGACGUUCUCGCUUCAGAGGAAUUUCUGUGGAAAAUCUUCCCCGGCGAGGAUUUCCAGCCACUUAGUGAAUCCAGCGUUGUUAUGCUUGCUUUUGUGUGUCAUUUGCAUAAAAAAAUUGCUCGUGAUUCACUACCAGUAAUUGAGUAAACCUUCGCAAUAAGCUGUUUAUGAAUAAAACAUGAUAGUGCCAUGUACCGGAGACCACAACGUUCCGUGACAUCAUUUGCAUGACGUCAGGGCGGACACCAAAAGAUAUAUUCAUAGUAAGAUUUAUGGGCCAUCCGAUUUUGCAGUUCCCUAAGACCACGUGCGGCUCACGCGCUUCGCGCGCGACGAGAUUAUAAACCUCUUGGUGGGGACACUCCGCGACGAAUUGAAGUGGAAUGGUUAUGAAACCCGUUAAACGCUUGUUAUAUGUUUUUGCUAGCUUUUUUGAACCUGACCUUGCAGAACGUUCAGUAGUAUUCGUAUCAUUUUGAACUUACUGACUAGUAGAAACAUCGCAUUAAUUUAUUCAGUCACACAAUUUGGGAACAAAACACAAAUGAUUGUGCAUGGUCAGGAAGCUUCCAACAUAAGUACAUCGACGCCCAAAUAUACGCUCCCACAGCGUAUUGUUAACAGAGAGGUUGGUUUUGUUACAGAAUUGACCAAAAUUGUUCCAGCUGACGUAAAACUAAUUGCUCGACAGGUUAAUUAAGUAAUGUUGUCUUAUUCUGUGUUUUCACUCACGUGGCCAGCAUCUAUGCAAAUUUAUUGGAACAAGAGAAAGCGUUUACAUAAGAAAAUAGUUCAGCUGCCACAGGACUGGUUUGGGACACAAACAUGGCCGCCGUUUCAUUGUUUUGGGACACAAACAUGGCCGCCAUGACGUCAUGUGACAACACACAAUAAUGUUGACCUACCGUUGCGUGAUCAGUAGCUUGUGUAUUGGAACUAUAGAAAAAACACAAAACGGUAACUAAUCCCCACCCUGAGUUUGGAGGUACUGUGUGAUGGAGCUUUCAACACUUUUACUAUCUUUAGGGUGAACUGCUUUAUGGCCGGUAUACCUCAGUCACCUUUUGGAGGUUUUAAAAUGUCUGGGCAAGGCAGAGAAUGGUAAGUCAGUCUAGUUCAAAUACACGUUUAAAUAUAGAGAUUUAGCCAGGGCUAAAAGCGUAGCUCCAGUUAAUAAAUCAGUUAACUGGGGAGAUUCAAAUGACUUUUAAAGGUGGUGCUGGGUGAUUUUAGAGAAAAAAUAAUUUGCAAACAGUGCAAGAAUGAAACAACAUCUAAAAUAUUAUAUCGAGUAAAUAGUCUUAUAUGUACACCCAAUAAAUAGCAAUCACCUUUGACCAUAGUAGAUUAGGCGUGGAAAACAAAUUCUUCCCAAACAGUACGCAGUACGCAGGGUAAUAAUGGGAUUUGGGCAAUAACUUUCGAAAAAGUAUAUUUUAAUUCAAUUUCUACAGUCAUCCGUUCGCCCAGCCACUUCUGAAUUUUGCCAAGCGCCAAACUUGCAGUGCGAGCUGUUGGGUGAAUGAACAUUAGUAGAAAGAGGUCUCAGAAUCAUUUUCGUUUGCAUUUUACUUCUAAAGAAACAUAUAAAUUUGAUACACGCGGUAUUUUUUAGUACUCUUGCAUGCGAUGUUCAUGUGUUACUGAAAACAACAGCCAGCAAAGCGAUAAGCACGAUAAGAAAGUGAUUUUGACAAACAAUCAAGACAAGAAAUAUAAUUCAAUGAAACAUUUAAAAGGACAACAAUUUUUAUUCACGAAGACAUGUAUUGAGAGUGAAAUGAAAAUCGGUGAAUAAAACCUUGCAGAUUUAAGCUUAAUUUUUAAUCCGGCUUCGCCGUGUCUGCCAUUUUUCAAGACCUGAACUCGAGACAAGAAUAUCGCUCAAACUUUUCUUUUUACAUUCUUCAGAACGUUUUCUUUCUAGUCGCUGUCAGGAAAAAGUCUAAAGACUUUUUAAGUUCUGUACUACUACUAAGGUCAGAUCAUUGUCUCAAAUCUUACAAAAGUGCGUAAAGUGACGGCAUGAUUAGGCUUAACAAUGCUCGACUUAUGAAACCAGAAAAAAAAACAUCAAAUGCAAUAUGAUUAUUCAAGCUUACCAGUCGAAAUGCAGCUCGUGAAAUCCAUCAAGUAAGGCCAGAAUUGCUUAAGAUUUUCCAACCCUCUUACGCAUCCAGGACCAUCCAGCAAGGCGAAGUACCAAGAGUAGCUUAUUUUUGAAAACGAUGAUUUCCGAUGACUUUUUGUCAAGCGGCGCAUUUCACAACCAAAAACCCAAUAAACAAGCCAGCCAAGAAUAACAAAAUAAUCUUGAUAGCAGCUGUAUUUCAUUUUGUAGAUCCAGUGCAAAAGACCGUUAAACCAUAAUAAAAUGACUCAAAACUCUGUGAGCUUCAGCUUUCAGGAAGCAAGUCUCUAGAUGCUGCAUAAAUUUUCCACAUGAAUCCUCUUCGCUAGCUCCUUGCCUGUUAAUUCUUGCUCUUGCCUUUCUCUUCUAACUUUCUCUUUCUCGUCGCUCUUCACUUAUAAGCAAAUAGGCUUAAUUCAAUCCGCUACAAAAACUGAGCGCUACGAUCAGAAAAUCCUUAUGCUAUCAAAUACUUGAAAACGACUUGAAAAAAAGUACCUAAAGUAAAUAAGUUUUUGAAUGCGACGACAAUGACCACGCCAUUUCUUGCGCGAUUUUCCGCCAAGAAAAUCCGCGGGUUGCAGAAAUGCAUCGCAAGAUUUCCCACCAAGAAAAUGUAACAUUCGCCCCCACCCCCGACUGGCUGACACCUGAUUCCCUUCCCUCCCCCCAAAGAGUGUACGGGCGGGCGUACGCUGACGUCACAACCAAAAUUUCUCGGAUGCAUGUAGACUUGCCUACAAGUGGGCUCAAAUUUUUUUCACGGGCGCGAAGCGGGAGCGGUAAAUUUUUUAAUCUUUUCUGCGGCGAAAGCGAGGAGAGAUCGGGAGCUGGGGCCAACUACCGAAACCGGAGAUGAGAAGCGAAGGACUUUAAGAAAGUCUAGGAUGGAUGGUUUACCAAAUUUUCUUGGCUAUGGGACUCUGCUCGCGCGUGUGCUUCGCGCGCGCGAGUAGCUCUUCUAUAAUUACUCAGUGUGAGCGACUUCUCGCGCGCUUAUUGGUCAAGCUAUAUGUUGGACGAGAGCAUGGAUAAUUGUUGUCGAUUUGCUUUUUACGAUUGUGCUCAAAUUAGAAUUCAAGUUGAGACUUGUGAAAAUCUUCAAAAACAUGCUGUUGUUAAAUAAGAUUAGCUUGCGAAGAUACUUCAAAAAAUUUUUAUUCGAAUGGUUAAACCGUAGAUGAUUUCAGCCCUUGUUGAAAUAAACCAUUCACAAAGCUUCAUUAUUUGUGCUAAGAUGCCUCAAGCUCGGCUCCAUACUGGUUUGUUUUACCUACCCUAUCUGUAAGUACCCUUCCUUUGCUUUUUAGGGGUGAACAAGGCCUUCUGCCCUACUUGGAGGUCAAAACAGUAAGUCGU